AUGGACAGCAAUAUUCGGAAACUUGUUCACGCAGCGUCGCAAGAUAAUGACGAGUCUGCAUUGUUUGAGGCUUACAGUAAGUUGAAGAAGGAAAGGCAAUCGUCAGAUGACAAAAUCGAUGCAGUUUCAUCGGAUCUUUUCGUAUUGUGCGCCGAAGCAGCGCAAAAGGUAUGUCGCAUCAUAACAACUGUUUAAUUUUAGAGGAGUGUAAUUUGAACUGGAUUAGAAUUUCUGAUGGAAGUGCUCCAGUACCUGCAUGAAACUUUUAACAAUUGUUAAUUGUACAUAUCAAGAUUAAAUUCUAAUUCGACCAGAGUUGUCUGCACUCAGCUUAAUUAAUUGAUUAUGCUCAAUCAAGUAUUCUAUUUGAAGGUCUUUUAAAUAAGACCUCAGCGGUUGAGGAAAAUUAAGUUAGCACAGGGAAAGGCUCAGUAUAACAGUCAGUGAAAACGGAAAAAUUUUUAUUGGUCCUGAUAUGGAUAAGAUUUCUGCACAACCCUAUAGAUACUGUUUUAAAACAAAGUCGUAAUCCUAAAGGGAAUCUACCUUUUUCGCUAUUGUUUUCUAUAUGCAUGAACUGUAUGCAUAAUGAAAUAUGGGGCUGUGCAGGAAUCUUACCAUGGUAUGUCUGAGGUGUCAAAUGUGCUGAGUGAAAAUGUUAGUAACUAAAUCUAAAAAAAAAUGAAGUGAAUGGGAAACAAUGAUUAUACCAAAUAAAUCAAACCUUUAUAUUAUUUGUAGACAAGCAGCAGUAACAAAAGAAAAGUUUUGUUUACCCUUUGUGUAUAUCACAACAAACAUACCAGUAUUGUGGAAACAAUAAUGAUUAUGAAUAUGAAACCAAUCUUUACAGUAAUUAACACUACUUGCAUGUAAGCAGUAGUGAAAAUAAGGCCUAAAAAACUUCAGGCCUUUAUGGGAUUUGAACUCAUGACUUUUACAAUACCUGUGCAGUGCUCUACCAACUGAGCUAACAUUAGCCAACUGGGAGCUGGUCGUUAUAUUGGUUCAUAAUGAACUGGUGGAAUGGUGAAUCAGUGACUGUGAAAAUAUGAAAAUCAUAUAUGUGAACUGUGUUUUUUUUUAAAUGAAUAUGAGUGUGACCUCCACACUAAUGGACACCACCAGUGAAAAUAAGGCCAAUAACAUAUCCACAGCACACAACUUGUUCUUUACUCUAUCUUCUAAAGCAUGAAACCUCUAUAAUUUUACUAAGUGUAUGCCACUUCAUCGCAAUUUGGUCUUACCCUUCACUUCAAAAACACAGGGCGGUGGUGCUGGAGAGCUCUCUAAAGGUUCCUUGCUUUUCUUGUCUCAAGAGAGGCCAAUUUUCUAAAUUUCUAUGGAACAAUGAUCCUCCCUGACCCUAUGGAGGUGCUGUUACAUAACUAUCAUUCAUGUAAUAUAUAAAUUGAUUUAUUUGUUCACAUGUUUAUUGUUGUUUAUGAACUUGUCUAUUUUCAACUAAUGCAUUUCUUUUACCCUGUACAGCAUGGUCAAUUUGAUGUCAUGGAUGACUGUGUAAAAAUGUUUUUUCAGAAGACUCCUCCCUCAAAUCAGUUUCUAUGUCGAGCUUAUUUGUGUCAAGCUCAGCUCAAUGCUCCAACUUCUUCUAAGAAUCCAGUGAGUUUUGAUUUUAUUCCUAUUAUAACUGUUACAAUUUUUACAUGUUCCAGGGGUCUCCUUAAAAGCUGUUUACCAGUAGUCUAUGGUUACCUGUAAGACCUCUUACCAGUGUCUGUUCAACCUGCAUGCAGGCUCUCAUGUUUGGUUUUUGCUUUAUGGCCCCUUUCUAGGCACAACAGCCUAUUACACCAUUGGCAGCCAGUUAUCGAAAAAUAUAAUGAAACCCCUGGGUCCAGUUGUUCAAAAGGUGGAUAACACCCACUGAUGGAUAAUUUGCUAUCCAGCUGAUAAGUGCAAACAAAACAUACUGUGCUAUCCACCAGAAAGAGAUUUAUCAAGUGGAUAGUGUUAUCUACCCUUUCAACAACUAGGACCAGAUGUUCCUCUCCAGAGAGCUUUUAUGAAUUGAUUUAAUUCAAUAUUUAUCCAAUUUCACCUUUGAGUGAUUUUGAAAGAAGAAGUAUGAUUAAGAAACAAGUUAAUUUUAAUUUUGCUGCAAACAGUUAUUGUUUUGAUCCACAUUUUGAGAUUUGAAAGAUCAACCUAUUUGUUCAAAAGCAGUCUUUAAAUAUGUUAAAAACUGAAGUAUGGGUGUGCUGUUAUUUUGAAAAGAGUUACAUAGAAACCAUAUACACUGUAUAAAGCAUUUUUUGUAAGGUGCAAGAUGUAAGAGAAAAAAGCUUCAAAUGCUAGUUUGCAUAUGAAUAAUAACAGUGCAACGUCUUUGUAUAUUGUGUUGUUCUUGAAAAGAAAAGAAAAAUUAAUUUUAUGCUAUCCUUCCUUACUGAUCUUUAACAUCAAAAAAACUCAUUUUAAAUUUGUGAACUUUUUGUACAUAAUCUAGAUAGAACUUCCUCCACUGGCUGACAUUGCUUUUGGCAUAGACACAGUUUCAUUGAGCUAGGCAUAUUUGUAAUGUUUUCACAGGAGCAACUUGAUAAAGCAGUGGAAUCCCUAUUGAAGGCAAUUAAUUUUGCCAAAAAGAAUGUUAGGUAUGAGUUGCAAUCUAUUUGUAAAUAACAUUGCUAGUUAAACUCAAUAUCAGACCUCGUCUCGAUUUACACCUCAGACCUCGCCUCGAUUUACACCUCGUCAGAAAAAAGGCCGCUAAUUAGUGAUCAUAUAAAAGGACCUCUUGUUGCAGUGUUUAGAUCACCCCUGAUGAAGGCACUAGACAGGAGUGUCAAAACGUUGGGUCUAUGAAUUGUAACUUCUUCGGUUACAUUCAUUAAAUCUGCAAACCAGUGUAGCUUCAAACUAUGUCUGAUUGUCCACCUGGUUGCCGUGUGAACUUUAAUAUAUAAACUCUAUAUGUUUAUAUUAAUUAAUUGCGGAUUGCUUGUAUAAUUUAUUAACUUACAUGAAAUAGCUGUCCAUUACUUCAGUCUAGAAAUUUCAUUACAGAUACUACUUCUUGGUGUACAAUGCUUCAGUACUGUAUUGGCAGUUCUGUCGUCCUUUCCUUAAGCCCAACUAUCGCCAAUAUUUGGCUAAAAGUCUGCAUCAGGUUGUGAAAGCACUGGAUGAUAUUGAUGACAAAGAUUAUGGCUGGAGAGCUCAGCUAAUGAUGUGAGCAUUCUGGUUUUUUUUUUUUGUUUUAUUCUUUUUGUUUUUUUGUCCUUAGGUAUUCAGAACUAUAUGCAAUUUAGUAAAGCAAUUAGUACUAUCAGUGACAGAAGUUUGUUUCUCAGCUCUUCCUCCUCCUCUCCAUUUUUCCCCUGAACAUUUAUUUUCUUUCCAUGAGACUGUUCUUGUUUUUGUCCUUCUUCUUGAAUGCUUGGUAAUUCAUGAUAACAUUAGGGUUGGGGAGUUGGCAGAGUUCUUUGGGUGUGUGCAUUGGGAGGGGUCAUCUAGAACAGUAAGGACAGAAAAAUAAUUAUAGCUAUCUUAAUUGUUUCUCUGUCCAUAUUAAAAUGAAAAAAGAAAACAUUGUAUUGCAUCAAGGUUUGUUCAUGUCAUGGAAAACCUGGAAAUCCAUGGAAUUUACAAUUUAUUGUGAUGAGUAUGGAUCAUGAUGACUAAAAAUCUCAGACAAAUUUUCAAAAUGGAACAAACCAAGACAUAGAGUGACUCUGAUUAUUAUUUUGUACAUAACUUUAAUUUGAAAUCAUAUACAUAUUAAUUCUGCAAUGAACUUUUUCAGUCAUUUUUUAAUGUGUAUCAUGAUUAUGUUUUGUACAUGGCUUCAUGGUCAGUCUCACCUUCAUCUUAGUAACUAACUGAAUGCUUUCUUCUGAGUAGUGCAUUGAUUGAAUGCCAUGUGGAUGCAGGACGUAAAGAAGAUGCCACUCAAAUCAGUAUUGCCACUUUGGCAUUCACUAAAAGUAAUGUUCCUUCAUUAUACACAACUGUACUAGGACUGCAGGUGAGGUCUGCAAUGAUCAAAUGUUCAGAUCUUGUUUUCUACUCUUUACAUUUCACAUUUGGUCUUAAUGUACUAUUUUUCUGUCUGCUAGGUUCGUCAUCGACUGAUUGAUUUGUCAAAAGCAUCAAAAGAAGCAAGAGCUUCCAAUGAGUUGUACAUGUUCUACAAGAUCCAAAGGCUUAGAACGUGAGUUGUGAUAAAUACACAUAUUUAAAGGGAUAUGUUGAAUUAGAAUUCUUCAGAAUAUGGUGCCAAGAGGUUUUCAUCAAAUCCAUGUGUAGUACAAAUGACAAUUCCCACAAAAAUAUAGCUGUACAGAUAUGUACAAUAAGUUUUGAAACUUUGUAUAUUUCUUGGUCAUCAUCUGUAAAAGUACAAUGUGUUAUCUUGAAGUCACACUUUCUGAAUUUAGAUUAGGGCAUCUUGAACCAAACAAUAAUCAUCUCAUGUUUUUAGUGUUUCUGUACAUUGUCUACAAUUUGGAAUGUAUGAAAUUUUUAACCCUUAGAGAAGUUCAGUUUUAAAAUCAAUGUCAGUCAUUAAGGCUUAGGCAUCAUGACAUCCUUACCCCGAUAAAUCUUUUUUUGAAGCUACCAACAGUAAAAUUAGAAAUGCCUUCAAGUUGAUAAAUGUGCAAACUCUCAUACACACAGAAACUAUCAAAGACUUCUAGUAUUGUUAACAAUUUUCAAUUGAAAAUGUCACAUUUUGUCAACAGCUUGAUUGAAGCAGAUGAAAAAGUUGACAUAGAACAAGAACUAAACAAAAUCUACAAAUCAAUAGUCAAGGGGGUGGAUGCCACAGAUCGAGCUAGUACAGCCAUGUCUACAAGUACGUCAACCAGCAAAGCCAGCUCUCCUUAUGUUGUUGGAAGUAAUGACAGGUGAUUAAAACAGUUCUGCAACCACUUAUUUGAUAUUUAGAAUGUACAGCGCUAUAUUCUCCAAUCAAACACUUACAGCUAAAAUGUACCACUUGUGAUGGCUUACUGUAAUUUGCAAAAUGAAAUAAAAUGCAAUGCAACACAAUGAAACAAAACAAAACGAAAUGCAACAAGAUGAAACAAAAUGAAACAAAAUGGAAUGAAAUCUGAACAAAAUAGAAAUCUGUAAUUUGCAAAAUGGAAAUAUGCUAAUGAUUUGCAAAAUAGAAAUCUGUAAUUUGAGAUUUCUAUUUUGCAAAUCAUCAGAAUAUAUCCAUUUUGCAAAUUACAGAUUUUCGUUUUGUUUUGUUUCGCAUAUUACAAUAAGCCCUUGUGACAGCACAUAUUAAUAUAAGUACAGCGCAGUGUUCUCUAAUCAAACACUUACAGCUAAAAUGUACUACUUGUGAUGGCACAUACUAAUACAACUGCAGUAACUGCUUAGAGGUUUUGAAAUUACAUCAGACAAUGUUAUGAAUUCACAAGUUUGGAAAAAAAUCUUACAGGUUAAAUGGAACACCAGGAAAGACACUAACAGAGUCAUUGUCUGGUUAAAUAUCUCCUAGUAGUAUUGAACAUUUUCACAGUGACCAAUGCUCCAAAAAGCUGCAUGUGAGUUAUAUAAAGAGUGAACUCUGCUUUAUUAAUUGAUCUGAUUUUUUCUACACUCAAUCUUCUUCAGGAUACCACUUCUCAUUGAGUUGGCCAGACUCUGCUUGGAGCAUGAUAGGCAUGAUUUAGCCUCAGACUGUAUUGAAAAUCUUAAAGGGGGUGUUAAGGCAAGUAGUAGUUUGUUGAUCAAGGCAUUGAUAAAAUCUUCAUCAUUUGCAAUUGGUAGGGUGAUUUGAUUGAACUAUUACGUUACACCCUUAACCCUUUACACCCUGACAUCAGUAUGUAUAUUCUCCAUACUAUUCUAUUUACAUUUCCUAAAGUGCUGACGAGGAGAAUUUGUUUCACAAUCAAGAGUUUCUUAGUUGGUGAUCAUUUUCUUUAUUCUAGUGACCUAACUGUGUGAUUUAGGGGUGAUACAGCAAGGAGAAAUUAGAUGCUUAUACUCUAAGGGUGUAAAGGGUUAAGAUGGGUUUCCGCUACAGAGUCAAAGAUGUUCCCCAUUAAGGUUUCAGUCUGUUGUCUAGUGAUUCUGGAAUUUAGGGGAGAAGGGAAGCCAGAUUUGGGAUUGUAAAUAAUUGAACCAAACACAGGGUCAAAGCAUUUUGCAUGGUGGGAAGCAAGAUGUAUUGCAUCAAAGAACCAAGAGAUCUGCAGAGAGUUGUCUUUUGAAUUGACUAAAAUGAAUGUGGCAGGGGAUUGGAAUUAGGAGAUAAAAAACAUCAGGAUUUAAAGAAAGAAGAUGGUUUGAUCAAGAUAGUAGAAUUGUAAGACCCCGUAAGGGAUUCUUAUAUUUCAAUACCAAUGAGCCUUAUGGUUUUAUUGAUUUUGAACAUGUUUAAGUAUUUAAAGACAAAUCUAAAGUUGUAUCAUGUAUUUUCAGACUUCUGAGACAUUGCUGGAAAUUGAGUUCAUGAAGUGUGAGUUGAUGGUUCAGUCCCUUGGCAAAAAGAAAGAAAAUUACAGCAAAUCUGUGGUGGAGGCAAGUAUUUUAUUGAAAAAACAUAGGGUGAACCUGUGUACCUUGGAGCUAUCCAUUUUUCAGUUUUGUAGCCACCCAAAGUUCACAUUCUAUUCUUUUUGAUUUUUACUGGCAUGUAUGAGGAAUAGAAACAUUUUUACUGGCAUGUAUGAGGAAUAGAAACAUUUAGUUCUGCAAAAAAACAAAACAAAACAAACUUAUAAAGAGAUAUCAAGGUAUGUUGAUUGUCCAAAAGUGCAUCCUAUAGACUUCAUUUAUUGAAAUAACCAACUUCAACUUUUUUACCUCUGUUCAGAUGGUGACUGGGUGGAACUGUCCAGAAUGAAUGUUAGGCUUACAAUAUCACAUUAUGGUUUUGUGUUUUCUUUCAGAGACGUAUUCAAGCAAUCAGAAAACUUGAACAAUGUAUAAUGACAGCUGUUAGAACUGGAAAUCCAAAUAUUAUACAGGUCUGAUAACUUUCUUAUUGUAUAAAUGACUUUAAUUUUUCACUGUAACUAAUGUUUAUUGAUAACACUUUCUGUACUUAUGAUUGCCCAAUGAACACAUUUGUUGAGGGGAAGAGAGGACACCUCUAUGGAAGGGUAAUUCAGACCAGUAAGAAGAAUGAAGAGGUAUAAUGUUAUGAUUAUUUAAGGUACGUAUGCCUUGUACUGUGAUGAAAGUUAAUUUUAUUGUUUUACAGACAGGAUGUGUGACAAUGUGGAAUCUUACCCUGCCUCUUCUGCAGUCAAAUUUGCGACAUCAUGUGAGAAAGCCCCUUACCCUUGCUGCACAAGCCUUGGAAGACAUUGAUAGGUACAUUAAGCAAAUGGACAACAAACUUUUAUUUCAGAAAACCUUUUGAUUUAUUAUUUUGUUUCCAAAUGUUAAAAGAAUACCUCUAAUUAAAAAUUUAACUCUUAGUUAGGUAUUUUUAUCUUUGAGAUUCAUGUAAAAUACAUGAAAGUUUGAUUUCACUAAUUUGAUAAAUUAAUUUGGUAAAUUAAUUUAGACCAACCAACAUUCAGGGUCUUAAAAAAACUAAGGAGAAUGUGCUGCCUUUGUUAUGACAUUCUAAUCCUCUCGGGUAAGGACAAUAAAACUGUAGGCCCUGUCUCCUGCACAUAAUCUGUGCUGGUUAGCAGGUGACAUUAAAGAACAUGCGCACUUCUUGUAAAGAGUAGGGAAUGUAGCUCUGGUGUUGUUGUCUGGUCUUGCUUCCAAAAAUUCCUAAAUUGCAGUAUGGCUAAAGUCCCCUGCAAAGUGUUAUAAAGUGCAUUAUAAGGUGCGUUAGAGGACACCAUCAACAUUAACAUUAAUUGCUCAAUAUUGCAUUUUUGCUUAAAGAGUAAGCAUGAUCUUUUCUUGUUUUAUAUAUUGUCCUUUAGUUUGUUGGUUCUGUUACGAUGCCAGAUGCACACAGAACUGGCUAAAUGUGAAGAGGCUGAAGAUCAACUGGAGUAUGCUGUCACACAUCUAAGAAAGGCACUUGAACUGGAUGACUCAGGACAGUAUGGUGAUAGAUUACGCACUGCCCUGACAAGGCUACAGUUAAGAGCCACUCUUUACAAAACUCCUGAAAGGCCUGAAGAUUUGGCUGCUAUGAUUAUAGAGCAGGUUAGAAUCCCGAGUUUUUGAUUAACAAAGAGCUGAGAUUUUAAUCGGGCUGACUCUCUUGUGUGGUUACGCACCUUCAAGAUUUCAAUCAGUGCAGUUUUCUUGUCGUACUUUUAUGUUGCGAAAGAUUUAGAGAAUUUUCAACAGAAAGCAUGAGAAAGCAUUGAAAUUAAGAAAACAUCAAUAGUAACAUCAUAUACGACAUACUGUUUUAAUUCAAAUGAGUGGUGAAUCAAUCAGUCAAUCUACUAAAAAAUUAUUCCACGAGCGCGCGUUGGAUAUGAGAUGAUAGUUCGGGUGGAAUAAUUGUUUUAUCGAAAACGCUCCAAAUUAUAGAUAAAUCGUCCCAACAUUAUUUUACGGAAUGUUACAAUGUACAAAAACACUUCCGGUUUAACUUGUCUUCAUGCGCGAUAGUAUAAUGGCUUAUAACCCAUGAGGCCAUGUUGUAUGAUAAGCUGAAUCAUUCACGCCUUAUGAUUGGUUCUUACUUUGUGAUCUGUUGGAGAACAGACGCAUAGAUGACGUCACCAUUAACAAUAUUUUGUUAAUUUUGCUUUUCUAUCGUAUAAAAAAAUACAGUUUCCAUAUUGCCGCGAGUCCGUUCAGUAAUAGAUCACGGAAGACGGUAAUAUGUGGUGGGAACAUCAGUGACACAAUUGAGAGCGUCUCGUGCGAUUCUUUGUUCUUACAACAUUUUGAUGUCAUCUUUGAUCUAUUACUGAACGGACGCACGGCAACAUGGAAUCUAUUUGUUAAGCUGAUGAACCCUUUACACCCUAGCAUCAGUAUGCAUAUUCUCCUUACUGUCCUCUGUAUAUUUCCUGAUGUACCGAAAAGGAGAAUUUGUUUCACAGUCAAGAGCUUCUCUAGUUGGUGAUUAUUUCCUGUAUUCUCUCGACCAUAACCUGUGAUUUUGUCGAGAUAUUGUAAGGAGUUAGAUGCUUGUCACUCUUAGGGGUCAAGGAUUCAAAGGUCUUUAAUAUUUGCUUACUUCUCUACAAAAACUGUAAGAAAUGCGAUUGUGUAAUAGUCAUGCAAAACUUCUAAUUUAGAGGUCCGGUUUUGAGCCCUGGCUUGGAAAUCUUAGGCGCUACAUUUUGUUAUAAUGAAAUCCACAAUAAUAACAUUGCUGCCAACUUACAGGCGAGGGCUAGUGAUGACUCCAGCACAGUUCGUAUGAAGAGAGCUUCCUUAGUGAAGGCAGGGGAGGCGUUGUCACCGGAUGCCUUCAUGCAUGUGCUUGACAGUGAGAGUAAUACAAAGGACCCAUCUACUGGGAAAGGUCCACCUACUGCAUUAGGAAGACUGGCUGGAAGAGCGAAGCAGUUUGAGAAGGGAGUCAGCAAGGCUGCUGGUCAUUUGAAGAGGCUGGGAGAUGAAAGCGAUCAAGAAAGGUGAAGGAAAAAAUACACAAACACAUGUGUUACUGACAUUUGCAGUGCUUAAGCUACGACAUCUACUAAGAGAUUGUAAUCUCUUGCAACCACAAAUUUCAAUGUGAGAGUAAGUGUAAGUGUUAGGUGAACCAAAAGAGGAUGAAACAACAGAUUGCUCGGCCAAAAAUUGAUAAAAGUUCUUUUUGUUCCACUAGAGUUCGUAUUUGGGCAGAUUUAGCCAAGACUGCGCGUAAACAACAGGUUUGGGAUGUUGCCCGCGUUGCUGCUAGAUUCUGCCUUCUUUAUGACGACAAUCGUUGGUCGAAGAGACAAUGUACCAGCACAUCAGAGAAAAAUGGUGAAGGUAACACUGAGAGAGAUGAUCCAACAGGGAGUAAGUCGCCGUUACCAGGCGAAGUUGGCGGCAGACUUGAUGCAACAGGAAUGAAACUGUUGUAUCCCGAGGGCAUGACGGCAUUUACUGUGGAACAGGAUUUGUUGAGAACGCUGGCUGAAGUUCGUUUUAUUUUUGCUGAGGUUCGUAAACUGAAGUUGAUAGAAGACGAGAGUUAUCUAAGAUCAGAACCUGACUUUUGGAAGAAUGGUUUUUGAGCCACUGUGGAGAUCUUAGUAACGAAGGCGGUUCUGAUCAUAAUAAAUGAUCAAAUGUUAUCAGUUUAAUUCUUUAACUCUCAAGAUCGUAUCGUUAAUUUUCCCCCAAAGCUGGUACAUAUUUCCUAGUUUCGAGGAUUUGGUUUUAGAUGAAGAUAACAACUGCUAUCUAAAUUGGUGGAUAAUUUAUGGAUAUUAUACGGAAAAAUUACAUGUUGAUAACUUCUGGGAGUUGAAGGGUCGAGUAGAAAAAUCAAGUGUGUUCUACUGAGUCAUUUCUAGAUUUUAUUUGACUAAACUUUAGCAGCAGAACUAAAUCACACAACGUUUAUCUUCAUGAGACAGAAUUUAUGAGGCCUUUUUACGGGUACUAUUCGUACGCAGCAUGACAAUUUAGUCCAAUAUUUCCAUGUACGGAAUUCUUUUUGUUUAAAUAAAUUCUUGCUUAGGCUUUUUUCUUCUGAUGAAGUAAGUGGAAGUUUAACAGAUGAAUGCUACACCACAACCCUGGAUUAUCAUUGUGGGUUAAUUAUUUAGCGUACUUUUCCCCUCGCAUUACGUUUUUUUUUUUUUUGUAUCAUGGUGACCCCUAACCCCCCCCUUUAUAAUGGUCCCUUCCCUACAGGCUUUGGUACAGUUGCUAAGAACUGAAGGAGUCCAACUGGGUGACAAACCAGUGCCACCUGAGGAUACCAUCAAGCUGCGCCCCAAGCGAUACGGUGAUCAGCUCGUCAAUUUUGAUGAUAUGCCAGAAUGGGUCUCCUAUUGGUAAGCAACAUACAUGUAUCUCUUUUCAAAAUAGCAGCUUUAAAUUAAAAUUGGCGAUGUUAAAUCAUACGAAAAAUCUACACCCAUCUAGCGCUCAAUUUCAUUAUCUUUUUGUGAUCUUAAAAGAUCUCCCUUCUUUUCACGCUUCUUUCCUCGCGAGUGAUGCGCCUCGUGCAGUCGCGCUCGCUUCGCUUGUUCCUCCACGUGCCUGAUAAGCGCAUCUAAAGGACUCCUGUUCUGUCACUCUCUUUUGCAAACGUUAUUUGGGAUGUCGCGCAAUGCUCAUUCUGAGAGAGAGAGAGCAUUGCGUGACUUCUCAAAGAGCGGCUACGAUGUUCUUAUUGUGGUCAGUUUUGUCAAGAUUUAUGUUUCACAUAUUUUUCCCCCAUUCUGUUAGCAACUGGAUUUCGUCUUUGUCGAAUGAGGUGAUUUACAGUUUCCAGCGAGCCGCUGAAAUCGGCGUAGAGCUGAAAGAGUCAUGGCUUGUUUGCAAUUCAGCUGUGUACUUGUGGAACUAUGCAACCCACAUGCUGUCACAAGGCAGACACAAGGAAGUCAUUCCCAUAUUCUCGCCUGUGUUGGAAGCAGUGAAGCUUACCGGACAUGCAGGGUGAGAAUGUUUUCAUGAGGCUAUCGAUUGCAGUGAAACAGGUUCAACAUAUUUGGGAAAAGGAAGUUAAAUGAAAGAAAAGUUCUUUCACGCGGUUAAUGAAACGAUUUGGUAUCAAUACGAUACCAAAUGCAUAUUUUGACAAGGUGUCUCAACAUUGUUCCAACUGCCUGUGCGAGUGAGUAUUAAAAUACAGUAAAACUACUUCUGAGGAAGGUUUCAGCUCAAACUUUUCUUUUCAACAGUGAAACAAUAUUGUUGUGCCAAAUUUGUAAUGCCAUUGCUCAAGGUUACAUGCAGCCGUGGAUCCCAGCUCUUCCCACCCCUCCCACAGCAUCAGCCACACCCAGUAAAGACAAGAGUGAGAAGACUGAGAAAGUAAAGGGACGCCAGAGUGGGAAAGGAUCCAAGGGAGGACAAUCAAAAGGAUCACUACAGACAGUUACGAUCGAUCCUGAAGCUACACCCGAUCUGAAACAAGCAUUAGAUGUAAGGGAACUUUUCCAUAACAAUCUAGUACAUGUUGGAUGGGAUACGUGAAAAUUUCGUUCAUUUGAACGAGAGAUUGUUUCAAAGUAUGGCUGUAUAUUUCUAUUGUGGAACGUCAUUAAGACACUUAAAAGUCGCGAAGAUGAGGCUUUAAUCCUGUGGAGCGUCGAAGAUUUUCUUCUCUCUUGUUCAACCAGUCGUCGCGCCGCUUUCGUCGCGCUUUUGUUUAUGAAAUUGGAAAUUCGCAGUAAAAUCACUUCUUUGUAAGCGCUUUCUGUUGGAGUGCUUAGCCUUCUUGGAGGCGGGUUUCGCGUUAUUUGUGGGAAACUUUGUGGCCUAGUGGUCAACGCGCUGUGAUUUGGAGAGAGAAGUCCAAAUUUUUGCUUCUAGGAAUUGAAACAAAAAUGUUCAGUUGCUACUUGGCGCUGGCGUAGAUAAGUUAAUUUCGGGCCCUGUUACUUGUAAUACGAUUUCUUUAUUUUCGUUCUGCACUGUUCUUCAGGUGUUGGAGUAUGCAUUAAACACAACUAAUGGCCAAGAGCCAAAAAACCUAGUACCGAUCGGUGCUCGCCAUCCCUUAAUCACUUCCUGGGUCUUCUGUAAGCAGAUGUUGAAUCAGCAGAUGGCAAAGAAUCUUGGUCAUGAUGACGAGGUUAGGUUUUGCUACCGAGUACUAUUGCAGUUUUGAAAAAUCUUCCUCCCUCUCGUCUGCUUAAGUUAGUAAUUUCCUGUUCAAAUUUUAAUUUUUAGAAUCCCCACAGCCAGGGCCCGAUGUGCCGUGCACUGUGUGCAGUUGAGAUGCUGUCUCUACAGAACAAUGGCCUCCCAGAAUUCACUGGUACAUAUCCUACUCUUGCCGAGGUGAGUCGGUGAUUCAUGCUCUUUCAAGUGUUGUUACAACAAUAAGUUCCCUUGGAGAAGUUUCCCUUGAAAAUAAACGAAUGUUGUCAAAGAGUAGAUAUGCCAGUGUCCUUGACUUGGAAGGGAACUUAUCUGGGAAAUUGUGAAGGGUCUGUGGGAAAUUCUACUCCAGCUUGGUUUGGUUUACCAUUUCUCUUCGGCAGUAAAUACAAUGUAAAGCGAAAACGUUUUGUCUUGUUAUCAAGUACUCUCCAUGUGGAAUUGUUUAUUUGUUGCCACAAUAUCCAUCAAAUGGCGAUUGAAAGAAAUGUAGCCCAUGAAGUCUAUCAACCUGAAGUGCUACUCGAGAAUCAAUUCUUUAUUUCAUUAAAAUAAGUGACUUAGAUAACCCCUAAAACCCCAAUUAUCUGGUGCAACGGAGUCAAUUGCAGUCAAUAACAACAAAUUCUUCUUUCUCUUCAUCGCGAUUCUCUGAAGCAUAAAGCGUCCACAGUUCUCCACCACUACAUAUGAUCCUGAGCUUUGAGACCCAUUUCUUCCCAUCAUGCCCCUCUUUCUACUGGCUGACCACCUUCAGUUGUUUUGUUUUUUUAUCUUCCUCCCUUUCUUUUUCUUAUUAGAGUGGAGCUUCUGUAUUUCCGCUUGUUGAAUUGAACUAGCUUUUCUUUUCCUUCGGAAAUAUUCGCUUGAGAUGAUUCAACAACAACGAACGUACUAAAUCAUUGGCAAUUGAAUUGGGGUUUUUUUUUUACUGCAGACUGUGAAAAUGGUGGAUGGCUGCCAGUGGAGUGACGGUCUGGUAGAGUUACAGAUGUGGAGCAGGCUGUCGGUGUUGGCUUUCAAUGCUGACAAUCAUUCACAAGUGCUUCACUGUGGACAGAGGGCUGUGGAAUUUGCCGACAGUGAUAAAUGCCUAGCUAAGCGACAACCCAAGAAACCAGACAGGUGUGAGAACGAUCUUACUUCUCUCUCCGCUCUCUCUAACUGGAAACUCUCUUUUAGUGCUAAUCUAGCUAAUUUAGCCUCUGUCACUGGCAUGUUGAAAGUGUCCUGUUUGACCCUUUUCCAUCACUUUUCUGCGUGAUAGUCUUCUCUCUUUUCCUAUUUACCUUUCCAUCGUUGUAAAUUUUUUUUCACGCGUCAUUCCUUUUUAUCAUGAUUACCAUUCUGCUUGAAGUUUUUCUCAUAUUGAUAUGUAUGUUUAUUUGUCCUGUCAAUAAAAUCCUUAGAUCAUGUCUAAAUUCUAAAAGGUAGUUUCUACGCAUUUAGUAUACCCCACCAUUCUUUUAAACGCCCAUGGCAAUAUUAUGCAGAUUUUGUCCAUUAUAACGCUUGUAAAUUUUCUUUGCCUUUCUACACUCAAAGCAGGGAAGUGGUUGAAUCAUUUUUCUGGAGCCAAUGUGAUUUGGUUUUGCUUCAUAUCAAGUUCUUGUGUUUUGAUAGAAAUCGUAUUGUCAUACCCUGUCAUUUUAUGCCGCUUAAAAUGAUACCAUUCAAUUGAAUUGCAGCACAUUUCAGCACAAACUUGUGGUAGAGCAGGAGAUGUUGUAUUACGCUAGCGUUGUGAUGGGACAAAGCCUCAUGAAAAACAUGCAGGGAAAGAAUGAGAUAAGGAGAGACGCACUGGUCUGCUUUGUGAAUGCAUGCAGGUAAUACCCGUGCUUUUGUACUGUGUUAGCUCCGUAACGUACGAUUCACCCAGUUAGAAUAAUAUACGACUGAGUGUAGACUGUAAACUGGGAUUGCACUGAUUCCUCUUAAGUUUGCUCUGUUAUGGUACAGAAAAAAGCUCGCCACUCUCUAAGCCUGUCAGAUGAGACUGAAACCAAUCACGACUUAGUUUACCCGCGUUUUCCUGCGCUUCGGGCAGGUUGCUUGUUUUACUAAACUUUGAAUUCUCUUUGGAUCUUAAGGGUACAAAUGAAGUUGCUGUUGUUGUUUUUGUUGUUAGGGUAUUUUCCAUUUUCUUCUGAUCAGCUAAUGUAAUUUCUCUGGUAUCGGUUUCACGACAGUCAAUCAAACAGCGAUCUUAACCCUUUUACUCCCAAGAUCACAUAAGUAAUCCUCCUUUUUGUCUGCCAUACAAUCUUAUGUUAGCUCGGAGAAUUUUGGUAUCGGAUCAUCUAACAAUCCCCUUAUUGAUAUUUUUCUUUUUCUCAUUACCUGUCUGCUUGAUAUUCUAAUAUAUUGUAGAGAGAAAUACUGUUUCGGUCACCGAUGGCAGUUAAAGGGUUAAUGCCGCAGAUGAAAAACAAAAUUACCAAUUGAAUGAAUGCCACCCUCGCAUAGAAGCUGCACCUAAGGGCGUGUAUUCCAGCAUCAGAGAUUUUUGAUUGAGUGUGGUUAGCUACAUCAUCCGUGAUGCAUAUAUCGCAAUCUAACCAAGUACGAUUCUCAGCGAAAAAAGCGAAACGUUUGAAAUUGAAACAUGUUUCUGUUCGCAUAAUAUUUUCCAGAGAUUUGCCGUAGUUGUCGUCAAUGAUUUCAGAAAUAUGAUUUUGAAAUCACCGCUGCUCUCGAAUAUAAGCCGCCUUAUAAAGGCAAAAGUAAGGGUACAUAUGAAUGUUGUGCCGCGUAGCACUGGGAACACAAAUGGUGAAACAGAGAAUUAACUCUGAAGUGUAAAUUAAAGUGCUAUUUAAACCCAUGAAUAACCCACAGAGCGUUAGCCCUAAUAAAGGGAAACAGGGAACCACACGAGGCAAAGAAAAAAUCUUUUGACCUCGGUGGGAAUCGAACCCACGACCUCCGGAUUAGAUCUACCGUUACUCUGCCGACUGAGCUACGAGGUCGCACAGAGAAAGUCGGGGACGAUUUAGGAUGGUAAAUCGCGGCGAAGAGAAAAAAUGUUCGAUUCCCACCGAGGUCAAAAGAUUUUUUCUUUGCCUCGUGUGGUUCCCUGUUUCCCUUUAUUAGGGCUAACGCCCUGUGGGUUAUUCAUGGGUUUAAAUAUCACUUUAAUUUACACUUCAGAGUUAAUUCUCUGUUUCACCAUUUGUGUUCCCAGUGCUACGCGGCACAACAUUCAUAUGUACCCUUACUUUCUCUUCGCCGCGAUUUACCAUCCUAAAUCGUCCCCGACUUUCUCUGUGCGACCUCGUAGCUCAGUCGGCAGAGUAACGGUAGAUCUAAUCCGGAGGUCGUGGGUUCGAUUCCCACCGAGGUCAAAAGAUUUUUUCUUUGCCUCGUGUGGUUCCCUGUUUCCCUUUAUUAGGGCUAACGCCCUGUGGGUUAUUCAUGGGUUUAAAUAGCACUUUAAUUUACACUUCAGAGUUAAUUCUCUGUUUCACCAUUUAUAAAGGCAAAAGCUUUGUACUUCAAGUAGGUAAAUGUAAGUUAAUGCGGCGUUAAUGACUCCGCCUGAGGUUAAACACAAAACCUACUUCUUUGCGCACGAUUUCUCUGUGUCACAUCUUAGGUUUGGGCAAAAAGCUGGAAACUACGAUUUAGUGAUUGCUGCUGCCCGUCAUUACUGGAAUGCUAUUAAGCCAUUCAUUGUGGAGCCCAUCGAACGAGAGCUUCUCAAAGAGCCCAUGGAAGCUGUUUUGGAGUGUAUCGCUGCAGUUGCUGCCAAUGAAGUAGGAAAAGAGGAUGACGUAAGUCGGCUGUCGAAUAACACUGAUUGAUUUUUUUUCCUUUUAAAUACUUUACCUCAGCGUACUGCUGAAAAUAUUCAUUAGAGCACAAAACAUUUGUAAGUUCGUACCGUGUCGAACAUUUCACUUUACGUGGUGAGCUGAUUUAUAAACGCAAUUUGAUUGGUUCUCACUUAUGAUUUAUUGGAGGACAGACGAAUAGAUGACGUCACUAUUAACAGCACUUUUGCUCUUUUAUUGUAUUAAAUAAAUAUAUGUCAUUUGCCUUGAGUCUGUUUAACAAGAGAUCACAGAAGACAUUAAAAUGUGGUAAGAACAUCAAUGACACACUCGGCUGCUCCUCGUAUGCGACUCUUUUGUUUUCACCAUAUUUUGACGUCAUCCGCGAUCUUUUACGAAACAGACACACGGCAACAUGAAAUCUAUUUGUUAAUUAAUUACUUGAGAUUUUAUGGCGUAAAUUCAGUCGAACCUCUGAUAACAAAGAGCCACGAACGCACACACUCAGUCAAAGUCCAUGCUACACACAAAUCCUACGGGCCGGCUCUUUAUUAGUCUAAUCCAAUCCGCUUGUUUUUUUUUUUUUUUUUUGGUUCAACAUACAGUAGACCUCAGCGCACUAACACCAAUCGUAUGAAACUGCAUAGAGUAGAGCUUCCAGAUAAUUGUAGGGUUUUCCUGCCUCUAAUUUUCUCUAAAUAGUUUAAACUAGAAACCGUGUCUAUUGUUCAUCCCAUUAGGAUGAAGAUGAAGAAACAGAAUCAUCAUCCCCAGAAAAGAAACCCACGAAGAAACCUGUUAGUAGCAAGAUCGAGAAAGAGAAGAAAACUAAAGAUAAAACUGGGGGAGAUAAAAAGAAGGAAAAGGACAAAGACAAAGAUAAAGGCAAACCUGGUAUUUAUAACGAUAUGUUUGAACACCGCCGUACCCUGUUAACCCUCUAACUCCCAAGAUCUCAUCAGUAAUUCUCCUUACUGUUUGCCAUACAAUUCUUAUGAUGUCAAUUUGGAGAAUUUGGUGUUGGAUCAACUAAUAAUCCCCUAAUUGGCAUUUUACUUUAUUCUCAUCACUUCUAUGCUUGAUAUUGUAUUGAUGUUGUAUGGAGAAAUUCUAUCUUGGUCACUCAUGGGAGGUAAAAGGUUAAAAUGGAUUGAACAAAAGUGAGUGAUAAGUCUUAAAAAUCUCUCUCUGAGGUGUAUGCGCUUUCCGCAGAUAGAUCAAAUGAGAGUGUGUUUGCAUGUAUCUGGUUUCUUUGUGAGUCCCAGAGACGCUAAACGGAAUAUGAGAAGUAGAUAGAAUUUCCCGGUGGCACAGGCUUUUUGUGUAUUGUUUUCGAUAACAGAAUUAGGUACCAAAGAUUCUAUAAGAAAUCCGUGUUUUUACAACUACCCAUCCAGAGGGAUGAGCAAAUUCUUUCAGUUGGUACCUGAUGUUAUCUUCAUGGACUAAAUUUGACUGUCGCUAACGAUAAGUAUACUAUUCUUCUUUGAAGGAGACAAAACUGGAAGUAAAGGAGUUAAGACUGAGAAACAAGAUUCAAAAGAGAGCAAGUUGGGUGUAGAACAGGAGGAAAAACCUCCAGCGAUACCAAGCGCUUAUGAUGAGGAUCUGAUGCUACGUGCUGCCAUGUACGGGGUGUUGUUUCAGGCUUAUGCCGACAAGGUGAAGGGGGACUAUACUCUCUUACUUUUUCUUAGUUAUUUUUUCGUCGAUAAAAUCCUUUUUAUCUAUUCAAAUAGAAUGCGACAAAUGAAGGAAUGGCUGUACAACUUAGGUUUAACUCUCAGAAGUGAAUUCCAUGCAACUUCUUCCCAUGGUAUUCAGCCAUUAUUCAGCAAACGGAUGAGGAGCAUUUUCAAGCUUAUCAAGUAGAAAUUGUUAUCUUGAUCUGACACCAAAUUCUCUUAACUAAUUUAAAUAGAAGUGUGUGGCAACAAGAGGAGAGAAUUGACCAUCAGAUUUUAGGAUAUAAAUGGGUAUAGCCUUUCUUGGGAGUGUAUAGCGAUCGUGAAUGUUCGUGUCUGCGAUGAAGUCAUUUAACUCUUCUAACUACCCUCCACGCAAUAUUAGAUCAGGCUGGAAUGUUGUUCCAGGGUUGCGGGGGGUAAAGCAAAACAUUUUGUGAGGGAGGAGAGGUGCGGAAGGCGUUGACCAUCCAUACUGAGUAAGGAAUGAGGUCCGGAAAUGUUUCUCGAGUAAGGCGUUUUGUGCCUGUUGGACAUGCAGUACCACUCAGGUAUAUUGCAGCACCUACACGCGUGCCAAGCGCGUGUAAUACGUUGGAAUAAUGCGUGUGGUUUCCCGCGUGCAACUGUUACAUUAUACGCAUAUGCAAUGGUUUUAGACGUAAAUACGUGUAUUUUGGUUCGCCUUGUCAUUCACAAACAUAGAGUAAUGUCUCUCCCUUCAUAUUUUUGCUACUGUCUUUCUGUGCGUCGACCACUGCACCCUUGACUUUCUCUUUCCGUUGGCGAAUGGUGUCACACAUUUAGAGUGAGAAGAAAUGAUUAACUUGCUUUUUAAGUUUCUUAUCGUUUUGCGUUCUCAAGGGUGAGUGGGAGCAGGGAUUACGAGCCAUGGAUCAAGCUGUCAAGGACAUGCCGAGAACUUCUCACAGACUGUAAGUCUUAAGCAAGGUUGUUGACGUUGGAAGAGCAGGAAUAAAUCAGUAAGAAUUAAUAUGUGCGUUGGAAAAGAAUUGUAUCUCUUGCUUGUUUCUUUUAGGUUGAUCUUUAAACAUCGAGUCAUCACAAAAGCAAAGCUUGGACGAAAUGUUGUUUUUGAUAUGGGAAAAUUCAAGGUAAAACGCAUUUCAAGAUUCAUUUUAGUUGAAGUUUUUCUCCUCACAAAUGUUCUCAGAUGUGCUUUGAGUGAGGUGAUAUAGGUAUUGACAUUUACCACAGAAAAUAACGUGACCUUAUUUGACUGAUUUAAAUAUAGAGAAGGAAGUUAGAGCUUGAUUCGCAAUUAAGACGACUCUGAUUUCCAAGGGAAGCAGUUUCUGCCGUCAUAUAUCGUGAAGAAUAAUGUUCUAUAUCCUUUUGUUGUGCAGAAUGAAAAAGAAGAUGCAAUUGCAGCCAUGUGGCGACAUGUGGCACUGAAUUCCAAGGCUCCAGAGGAUCAACUGUCUGCUUACCAAAAUGCUAUCGAAGCUCUUGAGGUAUGUCAGUAUUGCACAAGUGUUAAGGCUGCGUUUUCUUUUAGUGAUAUUUCUCUAACUCGCCCAGGGGAGAGAUAAUUUUUCUUUUAUAUAAAGCGAGGAAAAGUCAUGUUUCUAAGAGUUGUAAUGGUUAUUAAAAAAGUUGCCGUUAAACUUGUAUGUUCAAGAUUCGUUAGAAGAAAUGGGAAAAAAAACCAGAGGGAAUAAAGAAAUAUUUGCCGGUUAGCGCUAUUUUGUAACGUAAUACGUAAUGAGAUGGCGCUGUUAUCAUUUUCUAGCGUAACAAUCAAUCCUGAAAGAAAUGGAGAGCUAUUAACGUCACAAUCAAUACAAAGCAAUGUGCGAGAGUCGCUAACGCAACAGUCAAACACGAAACAGUGCGCACGAGGCAGAAACGUAGUAAUCAAACACAAUACAGAAUGCACGAGUCACUAACACUCAAACACGAAACGUAGUGUGAGUCACUCUCUUAACAAUCAAACACGAAACAGCGCGCACGAGUCAGAAACGUAAUGAUCAGACAGAAAACAGAGUGCACGAGUCACCAACUAACAGUCAAACACAAAACAGAGUGCGCGAGUCACUUACGUAACAAUCAAACACAAAACAGAGAGCGCAAGUCACUUACGUAACAAUCAAACACAUAACAGAGAGCGCGAGUCACGAACGUAACAAUCAAACACAAAACAGAGUGUGCGAGUCACUCAUUUAACUAUCAAACACAAAACAGAGAGCGCGAGUCACUUACUUAACUAUCAAACACAAAACAGAGUGGGCGAGUCAAUAACGUUACAAUCAAACACAAAACAGAGAGCGCGAGUCACCAACGUUACAAUCAAACACAAAACAGAGAGCGCGAGUCACUUACUUAACUAUCAAACACAAAACAGAGUGCCCAAGUCACCAACGUUACAAUCAAACACAAAACAGAGAGCGCGAGUCACUUACGUAACAAUCAAACACAAAACUAAGUGCGCGAGUCACCAACUAACAAUCAAACACAAAACAGAGAGCGCUAGUCACUUAUGUAACAAUCAAACACCAAACGGAGAGUGCGAGUCACUUACGUAACAAUCAAACACAAAACAAAGUGCGCGAGUCACUUACUUAACUAUCAAACACAGAACAGAGUGCGCGAGUCACUUACGUAACAAUCAAACACAAAACAAUGUGCGCGAGUCACUUACUUAACUAUCAAACACAGAACAGAGUGCGCGAGUCACUAACGUAACAAUCAAACACAAAACAGAAAGCGCGAGUCAUUUACGUAACAAUCAAACACAAAACACAGUGCGCAAGUCACCAAAGUUACAAUCAAACACAAAACAGAGUGCGUGAGUUACUUACAUAACAAUCAAACACAAAACAGAGUGCGCGAGUUACUUACGUAACAAUCAAACACAAAACAGAGUGUGCGAGUCACAUACUUAACUAUCAAACACAGAACAGAGUGUGCGAGUCACUAACGAUACAAUCAAACACAAAACAGAGUGUGCGAGUCACAUACUUAACUAUCAAACACAGAACAGAGUGCGCGAGUCACUAACGUAACAAUCAAACACAAAACAGAGAGCGCGAGUCAUUUACGUAACAAUCAAACACAAAACACAGUGCGCAAGUCACCAAAGUUACAAUCAAACACAAAACACAGUGCGCGAGUCACCAACUAACAAUCAAACACAAAACAGAGUGCGUGAGUUACUUACAUAACAAUCAAACACAGAACAGAGUGCGCGAGUCACUAACGUUACAAUCAAACACAAAACAGAGUGUGCGAGUUACAUACGUAACUAUCAAACACCGAACAGAGUGUGCGAGUCACUAACGUUACAAUCAAACACAAAACAGAGUUUGCGAGUCACAUACUUAACUAUCAAACACAGAACAGAGUGCGCGAGUCACUAACGUAACAAUCAAACACAAAACAGAGAGCGCGAGUCAUUUACGUAACAAUCAAACACAAAACACAGUGCGCAAGUCACCAAAGUUACAAUCAAACACAAAACACAGAGCGCGAGUCACCAACUAACAAUCAAACACAAAACAGAGUGCGUGAGUUACUUACAUAACAAUCAAACACAGAACAGAGUGCGCGAGUCACUAACGUUACAAUCAAACACAAAACAGAGAGCGCGAGUCACUAACGUAACAAUCAAACACAAAACAGAGUGUUGCGAGUCACUAACGUAACAAUCAAACACAGAACAGAGUGCGCGAGUCACUAACGUAACAGUCAAACACAAAACAGAGUGUGCGAGUCACAUACUUAACAAUCAAACUAAAACAGAGUGCGCAAGACACUAACGUAACAAUCAAACACAAAACAGAGUGCGCAAGACACUAACGUAACAAUCAAACAGAACAGAGUGCGCGAGUCACUAACGUAACAGUCAAACACAAAACAGAGUGUGCGAGUCACAUACUUAACAAUCAAACUAAAACAGAGUGCGCAAGACACUAACGUAUCAAUCGAACACAAAACAGAGUGCGAGAGACACUAACGUAACAAUCAAACACAAAACAGAGUGCAGGUGACACUAACGUAACAAUCAAACACAAAGCAGAGUGUGCGAGUCAUUAACCCAACAAUCAAACACGAAACGGAGUGCACGAGUCACUAACAAAACAGAGAGCGCGAGUCACUAACGUAACAAUCAAACACAAAACAGAGUGUUGCGAGUCACUAACGUAACAAUCAAACACAGAACAGAGUGCGCGAGUCACUAACGUAACAAUCAAACUCAAAACAGAGUGUGCGAGUCACUAACGUAACAAUCAAACACAAAACAGAGUGUUGCGAGUCACUAACGUAACAAUCAAACACAGAACAGAGUGCGCGAGUCACUAACGUAACAAUCAAACACAAAACAGAGUGUGCGAGUCACAUACUUAACUAUCAAACACAGAACAGAGUGCGCGAGUCACUAACGUUACAAUCAAACACAAAACAGAGUGUUGCGAGUCACUUACGUAACAAUCAAACACAAAACAGAGUGCGCGAAACACCAACGUUACAAUCAAACACAAAACAGAGAGCGCGAGUCACUAACUAACAAUCAAACACAAUAGAGAGUGUGCGAGUCACUUACGUAGCAAUCAAACACAAAAAAGAGUACGCGAGUCACAAACGGUACAAUUAAAUACAAAACAGAGUGCGCGAAACACCAACGUUACAAUCAAACGCAAAACAGAGUGCGCGAGUCACUAAUGUAACAAUCAAACAAAACAGAGAGCGCGAGUCACUAACUAACAAUCAAACACAAAACAGAGUGUGCGAGUCACUAACGUAACAAUCAAACACAAAAAAGAGUACGCGAGUCACAAACGGUACAAUUAAAUACAAACACAAACAGAGUGCGCGAGACACUAGCGUAACAAUCAACCACAAAAUAGAGCGCGCGAGUCACUAACGGUACCAUCAAAUAAAAACAGAGCGGACGAGACACUAACGUAACAAUCAAACACAAAACAGAGUGUAGGAGACAUAACGUAACCAUCAACUACAAAAUAGAGCGCGCGAGUCACAAACGUUACAAUCAAAUACAAAACAGAUUGCACGAGACACUAACCUAACAAUCAAACACAAAACAGAGUGCACUAGACACUAACGUAACAAUCAAACACAAAACAGAGUGCGCGAGACACUAACGUGACAAUCAAACACAAAACAGAAUGCACGAGAUACUAACGUAACAAUCAAACUAAAACAGAGUGCGCAAGACACUAACGUAUCAAUCGAACACAAAACAGAGUGCGAGAGACACUAACGUAACAAUCAAACACAAAACAGAGUGCAGGUGACACUAACGUAACAAUCAAACACAAAGCAGAGUGUGCGAGUCAUUAACCCAACAAUCAAACACGAAACGGAGUGCACGAGUCACUAACUAACAAUCAAAUGCCCAACAGAGUGUGCGAGUUACUAACGUAACAAUUAAACACAAAACAGAGUGCGCGAAUAACUUACAUAACAAUCAAAUACAACGCACACUGUUCGAGUUACCAACGUAACAAUGAAAUAUAAAACAAAUUGUGCGAGACGUGCGUGAGUCAAUAUCACAAUAAUCGCGAGUCACUGUCCACAUGAUACCAAAGUUUAUAGAGAACCUGACGGACGAUAAACGUGGUUCUCUCCCUUACAUCACCCAACGUAAGUGCGACAUACUUGAAUUGGCUCCAAUUCACCUCUGAGAGGAUAGAGCUUUACCGUAGCCAGUGCAUAACCAUAUAGUAUAUGUUUUCUCUUUAAUACAGAAUCCAGAGAGUGACUGGCAAAAGGUAGAUUACUUGAUGGAAUUUGGAGAAUGGCUAUUUGUCAAUGAGUAUCCGGUGGAGGACGCUUUGGAUCAGGUAGCUCAACUUUUUCUUUUCAUUUCCGCGUUCAUGUUUGCCAUCGUUUCGUUCAAUUUUUUUCUUCUUUUUUUCAGUUCCUUUGGGCAUCUGAUAUUCUGCUGAACAAAACCUCAAAUAUAGAAAACAAGCAAGGUAAAGAGUGAUAUGAGCUGUAUGACUACUAAUGCGAUGUAUUAUUAGAGAGCUCUUUGCGCGAGAGUCAGAAAACCAAAACCAAGGUUAUCAAAGCUACCAAUCUUAAAAAAAGGGUAGAUAUCACUAGAGCCAACCUAGGCGCGGUGAAUGCGAGUGACCAAGCGGUGAUCAAUUGUACUUUUGCAUCUGAUUGGUGAGGAAGGAGGUGCGAUUAUUUCUAGAAUAAUCACCCGGCUUCAUGACAUUAAACCACGGCAAUCGGAUUUUCCUCGAUACUUGAUUUGAAAAUUGCUCUUUGCAUACAUUGUCGUGUACAUUUUUUUUAUUUUAUCUCCUAUCUUUCACCACAAUUCGGGACAAAGAAUGACAACAUUGAAUUGGUUUGAGGCUUUUUAAAACAUAGACAAAUUAAUUAUGAACUGUAAAACAUGGUAAAUUGUCAGCAGUGAAAGGAAUAGUGCGAUAAAAGCUUCUCUUCACAGCGAAAGUACAGAGACCGCGAAGUCAUAAGAGCGUUUUACUUUGUUCUGUAACCUAAUAAGAGUGAUAUACGUUUGCACACGCAACAAGGAGGAAAGAUGAGAGACCUGGUCGUGAUUGGCUUUAGUAUUGCGUCUGAUUGGGUUAGGGCGAGUUUUCUUGACCAAACACAGACCGCUGUGGAGCAAAACCAAAGCAACCGCGGGUUAUUUUUGAAGCUUAGUGGAAAAAGGGCUCUACUCCUGAGAGACAGGAUUCUUCGAGUCUUUAAGUAUCUUGAGAGGGAUAGCACUUGUGUAUGACCUGCAGUGCACAGGAAUAUAGAUAUCAUGGUCUGAUCUUUUCUUGAAUGUAUAUAUCAUUUACCUGGCUGUCUAAUAUUUCAGAUGAUCACAAUGAUGUAAGGAGUGAGAGCGGGAGCGAGAUAGAUGCGUCUAAAUAUGUACCAGGGGAGCACCGCUCAGUCAUAGGUGUGCGCCCCUCAGAAGUCACCGUGCAGGUACAAGACAUCAUUGACAUCAGACAGCUGGAGACGUUGAUGCGUCUUCAUGUUAUGCUGGCCCAAGUCGCUGGAAACUCGUCUCCACACUCUAGGGACUAUGUGCUGUUAGCUUACGCCUUCCUCCACAGGAUAUGGCAGGUAAAACAAAAUUAGCUUUUAACAAUAAUGUAAUGUGUCGGUGGAGAGCAAGAGAACCAAAAUCUCGUCAUUAGAAAACGCGGGUCACAGUGGCAACUAAGCCACAGACCAUCAACUCUAGAAGAAGAGUGUGUGAAAUAAUAAAUUAAAAAAUAUAAUAAUAUCGUGGGAGAUAAGGCGGAGUAUAAAGCGUGCUAUCCUUCCUGAAACCCCUGGCCUCGCGGUAGGCGUAAUUUUUAUGGGAUUCGAGCGAGCGGAGACAAUAAAACCCUUUUGGUUUCCCAAAAGCUUGUGUCCCCUCGUUGGGAAAACGCAGAAAAUUUACUCUUUUCAGAAAAGCCAUGAAAUUCUGUACAUGAUACAGUGGUAACUUUCAUGAGCGGACACGCUCAGAAGAAGAGCCCUGUCCGCUAGCGAUGGUGUCCUUAAGAGGGCAGCUACUUUACCAUUAAAACUGCUGGAUUGGUUUGGUUUUAAGUGAGCUGGCUAUGCCUUGUGACUUUGCCUUGUCGUAUAUGAUGGUGAAAAUCAUAUCUUGUGUUUAGGUUUCAAUCUCUUCAGCUGAGCGAAUACAGAAGGAAGGAGGAAAACCGGGGGAGAUAGCUCAAUCUAAAAAGGGCAAAGACAAAGGGAAGGAAGCUAAAGAGGUCCGUACAUCGCUGAACUCCGUUCAGUAUUUACGUAUGUCAUGUUGUGGUGAAUGGUUAGAUCCCAGGAUUAACAGUGAUUGUUAGGUCUGUGACAGCGAAAUACUUAUCGACAACCUUAGCGGUAAUCAUCGUGGAGUUCAAUUGAGGAGUUGUUGGUUAGUCAUGAUUUUAAAUCUGAACAGUUUAUGAAAACUGACUGAUAAGUUUCGCCGUCGUGUCAUCGGCCGUAACCAGUUUCCCAGAGUUAGCUGUUGAAAGCAGGUGUACAAAAGCCGUGUUUGUUACACUGAUUAUGCUCUUACAUGAUGUAAAACAUGUAAAUGGCCGAUGAGAACAAAUAUUUUUAUGUAAGUAGCCUAAGCCAUAAAUAUUUGAUAGAUAACCGUUGACUUUUUUUGUUUCACUCUUUGUUAGUCUCAAACAAAAGUGGAUAAAUCGACAGUGAAGACAUUAUUUCCAAGCACAAUAGAAGGAUGGGCUACUUUUGAACUUUCGGAAAAGGUAAAUGGAACCUUUUUGCUCUCGAAUGCAUCUGAAGUGCUCACAUGUUUUCGCGAAAUGAUUUUAUCCUUAAGCGUCUUGAUCACACUGUUUCAAUGAUAGUCUUAAAACUCUCCGAUUUUUGAAAAGUUUUCAUCAUAAUUUGUUGCAUUUUCUCUCUGGCUCGUAGCUUCAGGAAUAUUUCAAGUGUGACAUCACAGGGACAAUGAUUAAUAAAGCAACCUUCUUGAAGCCGGUAAGCGUUAGAAACAGAGUUAGAAGUCAGUUUCGUUUUCAGUGUAAAGGCUACAAUAAAUGCGGCCCCGGAAAUACGAAAAAGAAAAUUUUAGGCCGCUUUGAUGGAAAAUAAUUUUUGUCUCAGACUCCAUCUUCUACCGUUUUCAAGAUCGCUCCUCGGCAAAUGAUGAAAUUUGUUUUACAAGGUUUAAGUGACUCUCUCCACUGACUGGUCUCUUUUCACUUCCCGUAAUUUCUCUUGAGAAAUAUCUAUGAUAAGUUUUCCACUUUGAAGUCAGAGUGAAAAUGUGUCUGAUGGAUCAAAGAAUCCACGAUUAAGAAUAGUAACAGCCAUUUCUCUUUGCAAUUCUAGUGGGUGUCGCUUUGUAAUAACUACUGCUGUUGUUUUUAUUAUUAUUAUUAUUAUUAUUUAAUAGAUAUUUCAUUGCAGUGUUAUUUUCCUUUUCAGAUGCUGAGUCUGUACUACAUGCAAGCGUUGUUCCGUGAUCUACGUGACCUGGGAUAUCACCAGUUAGCGCUACCUGUUGUUGCCAUGCAACAGCUCAUAGCGGACUUGGUAUUUGACAAUAGCCAGUUAAAAAAACUUGUUCAUCUCAGGUAAAAAUUCUCCUUAAGUCUCUGUGUUUUCAUUUCUUCUGUUAUUCCUCUCGCUACUCUGAAAAUUAAUUUGAUUUUCACAAUCUUCCUCUUCCUCCUUCUCCUUUACUAUCUUCUGAGCUUUGAGUCUCUGUUCCUGUUCGGCUGACCACCUCUAGUUGUUUUCGACCCUCCACGCGCGCAUAGUGAAAUACGUAAGAGGGCCAUUCUGAUCAAUCUGUUCCCUUUGUCUCUCACAGCAUUUUGAUCCUUUUCCACCUUUCCUAUAUGUUUUAAAUUGUCCCCUAGAAGUGCGAUAAAUCAAUAAAUCGCCAAAGAUAACGAGAAAGGGCUUUUGUAAAGUUGAUAGUGGCGUGGGCGUGGCUAGUUCUGAAGAGUAUUGUUGUUUGGAUAACUGAUUAACUUUUCAGCGACUUGAACGGAUUUCCCCAUUGGAAUUAGGUAAAGAGUUUGUCAGUCGAACGUCAGCAGCUUGUAGAAAGUAACUGUUCAGUUUUCAACCAAUCUUCUUCAUUUCUUGUGGGACAAUCGGCAACAAUUGCUCAGUUUGCCGUGAUUUUAUUGGCUGUUACAGUGAGAUAGUGUACUGUGGGGUUUACAGGUCAAAUGGCUCAACCGUUGAAGAAUAUUGAAAACAUCAGAGUCGAAGUGUCCAGAUUGAUAUCGCGCUCAUUACUCCCGCUUAGAGUUACAUAUCAGUAAAACAACGCUUUUGCUCCCAUGUCUCAAAGGAUUAGUUUACCGAAGUUCGCAGUAAACGCAGGCAAAAUUUCAAACAACGUUCCUUUUCUUCAAGCCACUUGGUUCACAUUUUUUAAUUAAUGUUGCUGUUUCAGGGUUAUGUAGCCGUCCAGUGAACUAAUUAAUUAUUUCUACUCUAGAGCCUUGGAAUUAUGUCAGGAGCUAAACCUACCCUCUGGCGUGGCCUAUCACGAGAAGUGUGCUGGCCGCAUGUUAUUGACAGAGCAAGAGCAAGCCAAGUGAGUCGAUUAAUACAUAGCUUUUUGGUUACGUUCUUUGACUUUCCUUUCUCCUAGAGAGAGGUCUGGAAAACAACUUAAUACUUCGAGGGUUUUGUGUGAGGUCAUAAUCACAGGGUGAUCAAUUACGAGGAAAGAGCAUUUAUUUAAUUAACAAUCAAUCAAUCAGUCAAUUAAUCUUUAUUUUUAAAUAUGCUUUAUGAACAGUCCACGUUAAAAUGCAAUUAAGUUAAAAAAUCUUCCACGUUGGGCUGCUUUCUGAUCUCUUGUUGCACAAAACCGUGAGACCCUAGAGGUGUAUGUGUUCUUACUAUGUACGCAAGAGUUUUGCCAGGAAAUCGCAGCCGGCAAAUAUUCGUUAACUCUCAAAAAUGGGAACACAAAGACCACCACUUUGAAGGCUUUUUCUUAAAAGGCUGAUAUUUUAUUCCGUUAUGGUUUCGAAGUCAUUUGCAUCCUUUUAUUGUUAGUAUCGUCACUUGUUUUGGUUUUCUCCAGAUCCCGAGAGGAAAUCGAGAUGUGGAAAGAAAAACAGCGCCAGGUGAAAGCCGAAGAAGAAAAAUCCAAAAACAACAAAAGUGUCAUGUCUGAAGCUAGGGCAUCAAAUCUAGUAAUCAGACCUCAGGCGCCCAGCGCAGCGGAUAUUGUUGAAGAGGAGUCGUGGAACAAACAUAAAUGGGUGAUAAGUGACGUGUGUUAUCGAGAAUUAUGGACUGAGCAGGCUGAAAUACUUAUCCGGCAGGUACAGCUGACCGAAUGGUUACUUUUUAAAUUGUGUCCAAUAAGCAUAUACAUACAGUUCUCCUCACGUUUCAAAUUUUUGUGGUUAUCUUUUCCAUUUAGGGUCAGUUUCUGCCGGCUCGACAGCUAUUAAGCGAAGCAAAUCUGUCAGCAAGGGUAAGUCCGUUCGGACAUCUUCAUGAAUCUCAGUCACAUUUCUUUGUACAGCAAAGGAAAUGUCAAAUAUGAAUCCGAAAAAAGUCGUCUUUUGUUCUUUAAAUGUACGACUCGAGCAUGCGUUUGGAGAACCUUUUGUGAUUGAAGGCCAGACUAUUACAUUAUAAAGUUGCAAACAAGACUUUGAGCGUGAAGCUCAACGAGUUUGGUUAUGGAUUAUGAAAGAUAUGUGAUGACUCUGGAAAAGUUUUCCUCCGGUUCAAAAUCUUGGUUUUAUUCGGAUUACCAGUCGUUCUUCCUUUUCAACUACAAUUUAAUAGAAUUUUUGAAAUAACAGAAUUAUUUAAUUCAGGGGGGUGGUUUCGUAUGAUUUUAUCAGUAAAAGCAGCGCAGGAUUUUUACGGGUGUUGAUUUGUUUGAUAAACUUGUCUCUUUCUUUCUUUCUUUUUUUGACGUUCAGGCGUUUGACGACAAGCGAACUCUUGCUAACAUUCUGGUGCAAUUAUCGGUUAUGGCUUUAGCAGAGUCAAACUGGGGACAAGCUACUUCACUCUUACUUGAAGCGCAGGUUCAUGUCGUUUAAAUUUGUUUAUUACGCCACCGAAUUUCACUCGUGAGCGAAAUAGAUCUCUGCAACUAAGCUGUGUUAAUGAGGUUAUCAUCUCAAGAUUCCUAAACAUGCCAUGAAAAACUUUUUCUUCUGAGUAGGAUCUGUAGUGGGAUGAACACCGGUAGCUGUGAUGGCAGCGUGUGGCUACGCUUCCAACCUUAGGCCUCAUAGACUACUCGUUAGGGAAACCAACCAACGUUUGAGUGGGAUGAGUCCACUCUUGCAGAAGUCUGCAAUCUCUGUUUAGACUGUCUGAAGUGGAUAAGCUAUGAAGAUCAGCUUGUUAAUAAUCGAAAUACGAUUUAAUCAAACCUUGAGGAGAAACACUUCACCAAAUCCGAUGGCUCAGAUUGUUACAAUAUUUUCGUGAUGUUGUAUGUGCCUGUGUUCUUCGUAGAAACUUCAUGGAGAUCAAAGAUUUUGGCUGGCGACUACGUUGCUGCUGUGUGAAGCCUCGUUAGCUAAAGUCGACAAGAAUUCCACCAUGUUAAACACGCCAGACCCUCCAGCUAAGGACAGGGUAAUCAUCUUUUCUUUCCUUUUCGUCAGGCUUUUCUGGGAGAAUGUUUUUCGAGACACUCUUACACAAUGACUGGGCACAAAUCAUACCAGAGGUUUAAGAGCUCCCUCCUUAAGGUGGUAACUUGUGGGGGGUCGCGACCUCAUUCAUUGUGUUGUGUUCUUGGGUAAGACACGUAACUUUCACACUGCCUCUCUUCGUAAGGGCUAUAACUGAGUAUCAGCGAAUUAACAGGAAAACCCAGGCUUGUCAUUUGAAGCCGGUUGUCAGACCAUUGUGCAAUUUGUGAAUUGUGAUCGAAGCCCAAUUAUUACAUUUUUUUUUAAGGGCGGGGGGAGGAGGGAAGAGAUAACAUGCGAUGGACUAAUACUCCAUCCAGGAGUGAAAGCAUUGCUCCCUGUGGCUUCUUGUUAAGAAACCGGGGUAAGCUCUUGUAACUAGGCAGGUUUAUCCCGUUUACAAACAUAACCCUGCGCUUUGGAUACAAAUUUAGAUACAUUCUGAAUGUAAGGCAUUGAUUAGAAACGGUUUAGGUCUCCACUUAUGCAAAUUACCUCUUUGUGAAGGUUACUUCGUAAAUCCCAAUCAUAGUGCCUCAUUUUUUCAGGCACGCAAUAUUUUGUUACGUGCAAGAAAUGUUUUUCGGGACUUGGCUGAAGACAACCCUAAUAAAGCCAAUAUGGCGGAAUACAUCGAAGCGGUCCUCGCAGCGAGGUAUGUACUGCAUCGGCUGAGAGCUGUUAGGGAGUACUUGCUGUAGACUGUGGAAUAAAGACAAAAGAAUCUUCAAUUGACAAAGCAAUGCUAAAUUACUAGACAUUUGACAAACAUCUCAAGGAAACAGGGACGCCGCUAAAUUAACAUACAUCACUUGCUAGGCGUACGGAAAGAAAGGCCCACGUCCAAGUCAAAAUUUUACAACCGAAAGGUUCGGUUGCAGACAACGGUUUUUUGCAUUACGAUCUAAGAGUCUUGGCUGUCGGUGGUGUUUCUUAUUUCCAUUCCCGGCACAAUUAACCUUUUCUCAGAUUGCUGGAGUAUUGUCGUCUCUUGGCAAUAUCUCAGUAAAUAACCCUUUCAGAGUUCUGAAAACUCAAAAAUUUAGAACUCGGCCAGAUGCUAAACCUGUCGUGGGAAAUUGAGUUUCAUUUGCCUAUAAAUAGAGAUCAUUUGCAGUGCAAACCCUCGCACUUCUUAUUUUAUCCCUAUGACUCCAAAGGGUGAUAAGCAUCUAAUUUCUCCUUACAAUAUCACCCUCGAACUACCAGCUAAAGCCACAAGAAUAAAGGAAAUGAUCACCAACGUAAGAAGCUCUUUAUUGACAGACAAAUUCUUACAGCCAGUACCUUAUAAAAUGUAUGAGAAACCUGCUCUACAUACAGCUAUCGCCACUAAGAUUCUGGUUUAUUCCGUCCUGUUUCCUCUGUACCAAAGAUCUGUUUGAUUUCUUAUGAAUGUGUUCAUUUCAGGCUGGGUACUUUACUGUCUGAUCACGCUGUCAAUGAUCCUCAUUUGAGAAAGCAAGAAUAUGCCCGCAAGGAUUUGAUUAUCGCCUGCAAGGUGGGUGAUCCACAUGCUAAUUCUCUAUUUACGUUGAUUUGUAAUUUCGUAAACAUUUUACUUCUUUUAAUAUGUAAUUUUCUUUAAUUGAGUUAUAUUUGUUUCUAUUUCUUUUCUACUGGUAUUAUUUAUCAGUGGUAAAUAACAGAAUGAUUAUAGUAAUAAUUUGUUUGUAAAUCAGUCAAUUUAAAAAGCCCUCAAUAAGUCCAUUCUUUUUAUCAAAAGAUAUUUUUUUAUCCUUAUGUUUUUAUAAAGGAUAUUGGUUUCACUCUCGAAUUUAGAAGAAACCUAAGAUGAAAAAAAUAUGACUCUUGUGUUGUCUUUCUCUGAUCACAGCAUCUGUCCCGUGCGGCGGAAAAACUUAGCACAUUGGGUCGCAAACGAGAGGCUGUUAAGGUCAUGUUGAAACUUGUAGCCAUCAAGAGAGCCUUUGCUGAAGAUAGUAUCACCCCUGAGGAAAGACAAGACAAUCUUCUCGAGGUACCCACACAGGCUUCCUCGCACGGGCUGUUUUACGCAGUCAAACUCGCGCGCACGAAGCUAAGAAGGAUACACGCAUUUCUCAAGUACACCUAAAAAUCUCAUGAUUUCGCACUGAAAUUUUCUUGAUUGGGAACUACCUUACAAGUAUCAAAUUCACAUAUGAGCAGAAACACACUCAUGAUGCACAUAUACGUGGACGCGGUACACAUGAUAGGUUUGUCUCACUUGUUUAUCGUGUCGUUUUUUGUAGGCCUUCGAUAUCCUGAAAACAGCUGUAAGUUUAUCUAAUGCUGUGUUACAUGAUGUCCAGUCCGUUUCCAGUCUGUCAGAGGUGCGUGUCGCUAUUCUUAUCACUUCAUACUUGAGUUAUUCCAAGGUACACUUAUGUCGAAAUGUGCUUUUUCUUUAGCUCCGUAACCUAAGCCUGCCUGUUCAGCGAGAGGCAGUAGACGCAAAGCUUGUCAUCUCAAAGCUGAUGGUUGACAUGUUGAAACUGUUUUCAAGUGAAGAUCGAGGAAAACGAGAAUUAGAGACACAGAAGGGGAGCAUCGAGAAGGUAAGGAGAGUUUUUACUCAGAAAAUGAAACUGAUAUUUAUUGUCUGUAUCCUAAUUGCCACCCCGUUCAUAUUGCCUUUUCUCUUAGAGUUAGUGUUUUUGUGAGAAAAUGACCGGCAAAGCAAGAUUGAAUUUGUUUGUGUACGACGAAUUCGUCUUGAUUGUCUAAUUGACGCAAAAGUUGUCGACGGAAUUUUGUUUUUAACGAAAACGUUUAUGUUUGUUUGCUCCCAUACGCUAGGCUUAAGUCCAAAGAGAAUUGUGGGUGCGAUUAACGCGAAGUAGGGAAUCAUGUAUCAUUUAUUGAUCAGUGGGUUUCAAGCGAGCCAAUCAGAUCAGUUCAUGAUUACCUAUAGUCGGCUGCGAGUGUUUAAUGCCGAAAGUUGCUCUUUUUAUAAUUCAAUAUAUUACAUUUUGCAGUAAACAUAGUAUUGGGAAAGAAAAGGAACUAGUUGAUUUUGAUUCCUUUUUUUGCAGAUGAUAGACGACUACGUUGGUGUGGAGCCCCCGCCAACUGAGAAGCAGAGAAAGUGGCGAGAAGUAACGAGGUAAUUUUUGAACAGACGUCCGCUUUUUUUUGUUCCAUUGAUUUCUUCAUUAUACUCCAAAGUGAUUAUUUUCUUAAUUUCUUUCGAAUUGUUGCCAUUGUAGGAGUGUCCCAUUAAACUGCGAUGAUCGUUUCAUCAGUUUUCGACUGUAAUUUACAAAAUUUCGUUAAACGCGUUGUUUCUGUUUUACUCAGUACCCCAUCCAUUCCUCAUUCCUUACUCUUGUUACAUUUUUCUUUUCGAAGAACUCUCGCCGAGGACACUUUGAUGCAGCUAUCUAUGGCGCAUGGCCUUACGGGUAACGUGGCAUAUCUCCGGGCUAAGGUAAGGAAAAUGAUACAAGAUGAAGACGACUUAUUUGAACUUGACACGGCAUAGAGCAAUUGUCAAUUUAGGUUCGAAAGUAAUCCAAGAUGGACCUUCAGCACGCGGCAUUCUUUUUCAUUCUCCGGGACACAAUUAUGUCUGUGCAAACUCGCCUUCAAAGGUAGACUUGAGGAUUAGGCACAAAACUUUGUAUUCAUAAAUUCGACACAGCCGCUGCGUGAUAACGGUUUAUCGCAUUGGUUUUGCUUGAAUUCGCUCUGUGAUUGCUUUAGAAAACUCGCGCCACCUUUGCAACCACUAAGAUGUAAAACAAAGAUCAAUCGUUAAAUUACGAAUCGGCCGUUCACGUUUCCUCGCGCUCAUGGCAAACUGCUGAUUUGCGUGGAAUUGUCAUAAACACCUUGUAGUAUUUUCCUCUAUUCUGUUCUUUCAAGGAAAGGUGUCCGGCAUGUAACCAUUCCUCGCAUGUUGUUUCCAAAACAAUUAUUUUUUUUCAUAUCUUUGAAACAUAAAAUAAAGUUAUUCUGUUUAGCUGAUCAACGGUUUAUGUACUCUUUACUCUUCUACCUUGGCAGACACUUUACAUACUUGGCUGCUGCCUGGGUGUACUAGCGGCGCACACGGCUCCUGAUUCAGAUACCCAGUGGAAAGAACUAGAGGUAGGGCAAAUAACACUUUCGCUCGUCUUGUACACGUAACAAUGCAUAAGGUUAAGUUUCUCACUAGUCGAGGAACCGUUCAUAAUCCUAAUAUAGAUAUUUUUUCUUACGUUUGCGCCAGGGGCCGUGCUGAAUGCAAGCUGAAUCGCAAAGUAUUUCAGGCUAGUUUUUAAUAGAAUGGUCAACUUAUUUUCAACUGGAAGCAUAAUUCGUUUGUUUCGCUGACUGAAUACAGUAGCAGAGAGCAAACUGACAUGUUAAUAAAUAGGAAGGUUCGUUUGUUACAAGAAUUCUGCGGCUGUGAGCAAACUGACGGUGUUCAAAACUAGCUUUAGAUUAGCCAACAGUUUUACAUAAGUGUUGACCAUUUUUACGAAAACCUGUAACAAACUGUGGACGACCAAGUAUUUGACUCAAACAACUUCCUUCUAAAGAAAUCUCUGAUUGAUAAUUUGACAGAACAUAGGAUAUAAUACCUACAGAGGACUUAACGUUUUGUAACAUAUUAACAGUUAUCACACGAUGAACCUGAAGAAGACAGAGCAGCCAAGCCUUUAAACCCGACCGUUGAAGAAUCUGCAACGGGUGACCAGGGCACUGGCGAUACGGAAAUAGAGGCUUUUCCGAAUCCAUCAAGAGAGUUUAUUAAACUCACCAAUCAAGCACUUCAGUUAAAUGUAAGCUCCUUCAUGUCAUGCCAUGUUAUCGCCUUUGAGCAUGUCCACAAUGCUAAAUUUUCCCUCCCUUUCAGGCUGAAUUUUCAACUUCUAAGAGAUAUCUUAGCCAAGCAGUGGAAUGUCUGUCACAGUGUGUGCAGAUGGGACUUAAACACGGCUUCAAAGUUAGUGCGUUUUAAGUAAUGUUCUUAGUUAGUUACUCUAGUUGAUAUGUCGAGGUAGGAUUUAUUAUCCUCUUCGGAGUUAAGUAGAUUGCUCGUGUGAGUUCGUUUUCGUGGCAGUACCGCCUUUGUCACGCAGGUGAGGCCUUUUCGCUAAAUCCCGCUAACUAGUACUUGGUACAAGGUGGUAAGCCUUGCGAAUCUGUUAACCCUUUGCAAUCGGAGCUCAUUUAGGUUUCUGUAGCUUGAAGUGAGUAGGAACAUAUUUUGCUACUCUUCCUGGAUAGAAUGUCAAUCUACCAAAGAUUACCCAAGAAUUUUGUACUAGAACUUAACACAAAUGAUCCUCUAAGAGGCCACCCCUUGUUUCACGCGCACGUACUAAAAUCAUGUGCUAUAUUAUUUCAUUGUUUUAGUAUAUACUGAGACAACUAUUCACCUUAGUGUCGGAGGCUAGCGGUGGAUAUUUACCUCGCCGCUUCGCUUUCGGUCAACAUCCACCAAUAGCCACCUCUAUUUCGAUGAAUAGUCGUUAACUAUAUGCCCCCAUCUGUAUGCUAGAUGUGGUAAGUUAUGUCUUCUUUUUUUCUCGGCCUUGGUCAGGAUAUUGUUUGUGAGGCAGCUCGUGAACUGGUGGAUUCUAUUGGCGCUCAUGAUCCACUCACCUCCUCGCAAUAUCUGGCACUGUUUCAGGUAUCUUUGACGGUUGAGAAACUUUUCAUAGUUUUUAUUUCAGUCAAACUUUAGCCUGUAUUUCUGUAGGAUCCUUUUGGUGUAAGUUUUGUUCAAUGAUGUUGUUGAUGUUCGUUUAAUGUCCAAGUUUAAUUAGGGAGAUUACAGUCUUUGAUUUUUAUCAUCUACUUCAUUAAAAAUUAAGUGUUUGUUGUUGUUGUUGCACUUGUUGUUGUUGUGAUAGUGGAGAGCAUUUUAUCCGGCGAUAACAGAUCAUUUCAUCACAGGGUGAAGCGUUAGGUUUUGUGGUAGGGAUCAUGGACUUGAGCGAUUUUCUCUUCUGUAUGAAGUGUCCUUCCUUUGCCAUUUAAAGCCAAAAUUUGUAGCUUCUCUUUUUUAGAGAGAAGUCUAGGGACAAGGCAACCAUGGCUGUAUCCUUAAUCUGGAAAAGCGUUGUAACAAAUCAAUGCCAAUCCCUGAUUUAGCCAAAACUGUAUUGCGAAGAAAGGGGUCGUUACACAACUAACGUUAAAACAGCCUUUCUCAGUGAAAACAUAGGAUUUCUAGGCAACCAUGUAAUAAAACACUCAAAUAGUUGAAAUAGCCGUGCAAGCAAGUACAAAUAUCCAUACGCAGUUGACUAUUCACUCGGCACAUUAAAGACGUCUGAUAUCCAAUUACCUUCACUUUUUGUCUUGCUUAGAGUUGCCAUGCAUCUCAGGUUCUGGAAGGGGUAUUAAGACGAGUUCAGCAGGACCCUUCUGUGUCGCGUCAGGCAGCCUUACUACACCAGAGAAAACUACUUACUAACAUGGAGUUCUUGAGUGAUACAUCAUCGAGUAUUUUGGCCUCAAAUUCUAACCAUCUUGCCGACUGUGAGGUAAAGAAAAACAAAAGUCUACUCAAGAGUCGUUGACUGACUCCGGAUUCAAUACGAUGAAAGGCUUAUGGAGGUUUCGCCCCAUUGCAAGUUUGCUCCUUAUCGCUUCGCCAUCAUUACGACGAGUUCACUCCAUAAAAUAUAUUAAUCCCCCCCCCCCUCACCUUUACCAGUUCGCUCCCAAAUCUUCAACUCGUUUCCAUGCGACCAGCGUAAUCCUAUGUUCGAAGAUGGGAAUAAUGACGGUCCUAGUAAAGAUCCCAAUAUAUCGGAUUCGCCAGAAAAGGAGCGCUUUCUGCCUUAAGGAAACGAGUUGAAAGAUUCUAGGGCCAUGCGGCAAAAGUGGGGGCGAACUUGUUGUAUUUUAUGGGGCGAACUAAUUCAUAUUAGGCGAACUUGCAAUGGAGCGCAACCUUCAGAUACCCGCUGGUACAGUGCAACCUCUCUCUCGGAAAACUUGUAUUCAGGAGAAGCCACUAUUUAAAAGUGCAAAUGCUUCUAAAACCUUACAACUGUUACCUUCACUGAAUGAACACCUCUAUUCAAGGGAAAUUUUUGGCAUUCUAGUGGUUUUCCCCCGAAUGUACCUUAUCGCUGUGUUACCCACUAACGUCGUUGGUUGACUUUAAUAGGCUUGGCGGCGGUUAACAAUCACAAGAAGUCACUUAGAACUGACUCGUGAGUUUUCAAGCAUGAGUACACAGUUUGUCGUGCUCCAGCAUUCUCCCGAUAGGUGAGUAGUCAAAUUGUUCGCGUUAAACUUUUGUUAUAUUAAUAUUUUGCUGUGAUUGAGUUUAUAGCCGUACCUCUUGCUCUUGUUUGGUUUCGUCGGUAAAUUAAAGUUAAUUAUACAUCUGGCAGACAGUGGUGUGCCUCAUUAAGCACCGAUGACAAUCGGCUGAUCAGUAAUGGCUAUCAGCAGGAUUUUAAAGGCUGUAGUGUCAACUUGGUUUUCUUUCUUAGUGUCCAGUCCUUGCAAUUGGAUUAAAAGUUAAAACUAACAAAGUUUAUUACGCGAUGGAUGUUGUUUGUACCAUAUUUUUUGCCAAGUAUUGCUGUUGUUUUUACCUUAUGUUGAUGUUCUCAUUUUUCAUCCGUGUGUGUCAAAGAUGUUACCUUUAUGGAGCUGUGCUGGAUAAGGGUCGAUCUCCGAUACCAAGCGGAAAAGCCAACAAGCAGGCAUCAACUCUUCCCGGUGAGUACUACACCUUUGUGUUUAUCCUAAGUCACCCACCAAGGAUAUUAAAUGGGUUAACAAGCGCAGUUUUGUACCUGUACCUAAAAAGUUUUAUUUUUCUAACGAUGUGUGUAGAAUUCUGUAUCCAUGGUUGCAUACUGGACCUAAGGCAGUACGCCAUAAUUCGUGCACCAAAAAAAGAAAAUUUAAUGUGUGCACCAUGUACAGAAUCUAGUUUGACUGUCCUGCUUCUAAGCCUGCCUUGUUUUUUGUCGGCUAAUUGUUACUUUUUUCUGGGUUGUUUUUCUAACUCUCAAAACGAUAUUUUGUAAUCUCCCGAAAGGUACAGUUUGUUGUGCGCGGAACGAAAAAGGCUAACUGAAUGAAUGUAUAAAUGAAAGAUCACUAUAUGUCAAAUAAACGAACUGGAAAAAAAACCCUUAGAGGGUGAAAUUAAUUCAGGCACUGGGUCGUGAAACUCGUUUUGUAAAUUCUCUAUAGUUUUUACAAAAACAUUUGAUAUUUGAAAGUUUAUUCUGCCUUUCUCUAUUCUUUCUGAUGGUGUUGAUAUUUCUUUUUAUGUUCUUUAGUUCCCUCAAAGGCCAUGAUAACCCGCGCAGCUGUGAGUGCAGUGGAACUGGAGCAACUUAUUGAAGAGUUCAGUCAGUUCAAAUCUGACACUGCUUCCGAGCUCAUGAGACAAACCUAUGUUAGAAACCAACAGGAGCAGAGGAGAAAGAUGUUGGCGAAACUUGAGGACAACAGUCUACAGGCAGAGAGUCAGGUUAGAUCGCUGGUACCACUAGGUUGCUGUAAACAUACAACGACGUCUUCUGCAAAAUCGUUCCAACGCGCGUCGCUGUUUUAUAAAAACCUCUAUCACCGUAGAGCUAAUAAAAUACAGAAUCCUAAGAAAAAUCAUUUUAACGAAUGUUUAAAUUUAAAGCCGCUGCACCCAAAAUUGACGAUGUUUGAUAAGUUGUGUUACCUGCCUUUGACCGCCUUCAAUUCGUGUUCGCUUGCACGACCAAAUGAACUGCGCAGUAUCAAUCAGCAGUUGAUGGACUGCAAAAGUGUAGGGAUAUUUUUCGAUAUUCUCGUUGAUUGGUCGACGAAAAAUCUAUUUUGAAUUCGGCAAAAGGAAAACUUUCCAAUCCUCGUCACAUAUGAGAGCGUAAAAGGAGAAGUUUUUGGAAUUUCAAAAAAGCUUCACACAGAAAGAUGAAGUUUACUGUAUAUCUCGCCAUCAUUUAAUGAUUUUAAAUUAACUUUUACACCAAACUAUAUAGGAACUGUUGCCGAUUGAUUCUAGUUUCGCUGAAAAAGAAUCUCAGCUUGAGGUAAGUCGUGCCUUUGGUUUCUAUCCAUAUGCAAGCGCCUAAUAUUCCCGAAAAUACAGUGAAAUAUAUCACUGGGUUUAGGAACUCUGCAAAAGUUGUCAGGCACUGUUUGUCUUGGCACUAAACGACUAACCGUGAAAAGAGGGGGGCGUUUUGUCGUCAAAUUGCACGCCGCGGAGCGACGUUAAUUUUUGCAUUCUAUGCUCGGAUGUAGCUGAUGAUUAAUUGGAGACAUAUUUCGUUGUCAGACAGUCUUGAGAGAUCAUGAUCGGAAACGUUCGUUGACAUCAAGGAAGAUUUACCAUCAAUACAAUGUUUUCCUUUGUGUGUGCCACACUUCCUCUGUCUUGAAAAGUAUUGUGAAACCUGCUCUUUCCCGUCUUAGGUUUUUUUAUCUCUAUUUUUCUGUGCAACUCUCUCUGAUUCUUUUCCGCUGCUUUUGAAAGGCAUGAUGCGUGUUUUGUUCACAUUAUUAGUCAGCGACUUGUUUUUUCAUUUAAAACUACCUCGCGUUUAAAUCUGUAUUUUCCUUUGUAGUCGCAUUUUAGGGACGUUGUGGCAGCAGUUGAAGCUUACCUGGACCCUAUCUUAACUAAACUACAUCCAGCUUUAAAGUAAGACAACUGAUGGCAUAGACCAUUUUCAUAAAAUUUAUAUCAGUAACAAUGUCAUCUUAUUAAGCUAUUGUCGGUAUUAGAUCAAAUAGGGGUGCUAACUAUUUACAGGAACCUUCCGAUUGCAAUUUUCGCGCUUAAACAUUUCGUGGCUGAAUUUAAUCCAAGAGAAGACAGAAAGGGUUUAGAACAUAUCAAAAUCUACUGAUCUACUAUACACGUUAUUGUAGUAGAGCAUAUAGUCACACUUAGUUUACAGCAUACUCAUAUAUGAACACAUUCAAAUGCUUUAUAUACACCACUUCAAGACUGUCCACAGUGCACAAAACAGUGGAUUGUGGCGGCGGUGAACGGUAAAUUUAGGCCGUUGGUAAGUCUUAGCCUAGUUACUCUCUUUUAUGUUUCCUUCAGUCCAGACGCGGUUUCAGAGUCCGUUGUUUUGUUAGCUGAUGAAUGGCUGCUUCAGUUACCUCUGGAGGCUCUUAAGACUUUUGCUGUACCCCAAAUUACCAGCAUAUCACGUGACUUCUCUCUACAGUUCCAUUAUCAUCGUGUGCACCCGGCUGAACGUCCAGGUAUGAAAUGUUGCCAAGACAUGCCGUUGAGGAUAAUGAAAUACCAAAGAGGAAGUUCGUUUUUUUGAGAAAUACAUUCAAAUUUCACUCUCACUAUUGCGCUUCUGGAUUAAGUGACAAUGAAUAAAACCCGACUUAGUCACAAAAAAAAGAGAAUAAAAUAAAAUGUCACCAGUAGGCAGGGAGAACUCAAAGUAAAGACAAAAUAAAUUACCUGAAGUGUUGGAAAACGCAAGUCACAAAGGUGUAGUUGGUUUAAGUUUAAAUCGUUUUGGUAAGGAGAGUGCCACGGGUUUAAUGGACCAAUCAUAGAGCGAAACAAGGUAGAACCAGCGUAGUUCCGGAUUGCUCAAGACACUCAACUAUAAAUCAAUCACUUGGCGAACGUUAUCGACGGUUGAGAUAUAGUCAUAGUUUUGUUAUAUUGAAUCUGAUGAUGGUUUCCGCUCGGGCUGUUAAACUGGCGUCAAUAACAAUCACCGACAACGGGUAUUCUUAGGACAUAUCUCAGUAGUACGAUCACACAACACGAUCACACAACACGAUCACACAACACGAGCGGUUGCUGAUGUAUUUAGCGUUUUUAAUAUAACUUUCUUGCGUUCUGCAUUUGAAGAAAGUACAACUAAAGUCACUGGAAAAAUGGGCAAGAAACCUGACAAAGCGAAAUCAGACAAGCCAUCAACAGCGAAAUCAGGACAAAAGAGCGAGAAAAAGGUAAGAAGUCAGUUCAAGUAGUUAUUUCAAUUCUUUUCUUUUCUGUUAUUCGUGUUCCUUUCCUACUUAUGUCCUCGUCGUACGUUUGCCCGUUUGAUUGUUCGUACGAAUUUAACAUGCUUUUUAUUUUUCUUUCCAGGGAGGUAAAGAGGUUGGAACUGGUGUUCCCAAAGAAGGUCCUGUGGUUGAUUUUAACGGAAUAAGAUGUAUCCUUUUCAGCGAGUUCUUCCUUUAUCAAUUUUUGUGAUAUGGAUUAGAAGUAAAUUGUAUGACUACCAAUCGAAUUCAUUAAUUCCAAGAUUUCCCCACUUUUUUUUUUUUUUUGUAAGAGGACCCUAUGGUUACCAGCACACAAAGUGGAAUACGCCUAAGUUUGGUUUUGCUUUGAGUGCGAGUUCUUUAAAACAAAUGAAGCAAUUGGUCGAUCAAGCCAAUCAGAUCAUGCAGUUAAAUGCAACUUAUCAAAAUGAAAAUAGUUAGAACUAAUUAUGAAUCUGCCUAAAAAACAUUUUCCCGUUCCAAGUGCUGCUUGCUUUUUUGAUGAGGUCGAUGUCAUUAGUUGUUCUUUAAUCAUCACAAAAAGGCUAUGGUCAAACCGUCGGUAAAUACGGAAACUAUAAAACAUCUUAACUUUCUUUUAGACAUUGUCGACCCUUACAACGAAUGCGACGAGGAAGGUAAGCCGAGUUAAGCAAAAUUUGCCUUUUUUCAUAUGAUAAAAUAAAUCCUACUCAAUAAAUCCUAUUUCGAUUGAUUUUUACUUGUGGUCUAUAGGAGGACAAACGCACAGAUGACGUCACCACUACAACGUUUUGCUUUUUUAUCAUAUAAAACAAGAACAUUCCCGUGAUGUUGCCGUAGGUCUGUACAGUGAUAGAUCACAGAAUAUGUCAAGGUGAUACUCCGCUGCGCCAUGUGUCCUUUCCACGUUUUGACGUUAUCAGAAAUCUAUUACUGAACAUACGCACGGCAACGUGGAAUCUAUCUGUUAACCCUUUAACACCCAUAAGUGAUGAGAAAAAAGGAAAAUAUCAGUUAGGGGGUUAUAAGUUGAUCCAAUACCAAAUUCUCCAAACUAACAUCACAAGAACUGUAAGGAGAAUUACUAAUGAGAUCUUGGGAGUUAAAGGGUUAAGUUGAUGAUUUGUGCCUCUCAGCUGAUAUGAAUCUAGUCGAUUUUGAAUAAAUAAUACAGAUGUUUCUAUUUUUGUUAUAUGUAGGUGAUGAUAACCCGUGUAAGGUAAUUAAUGAUGCCGUCGCCAAAUACAAAAAUUUUACAGCGAAGUGGAAUGGUAUAACAGGAAGUGACCACCUUCCGAGGUAUGUCUUGAGUUUAUUCCAAGUUCACAAAGUAUUUUAUUUUAUUUUCAAACGUGUGAAUUUGCAGUGGCUUCUCUUAGUCUUAAAGUGCAUUUUGAUCGUGUGUCAGGAACUCAAAACCAGAGCAAUCAAAACAGCUAACCAGUAAUACUGCAUAUCCCAGAGUAAAUACAAGCAAACAGCCUGAAGUGCGGGAAAACGCGAGUGGUUUUGAUUUUACAUCUGAUUGGUUAAGAAAGUGGCGCGAGAAGCUGUUUACCCAAUCACAAAAACGUUUGGCAAAUCUGAAGCGCGGGAAAACGCGAGUGACCAAACUGCGAGUGGUUUUGAUUUUACAUCUGAUUGAUUUAGAAAGUGGCGCGAGAAGCCGUAUGCCUAAUCCCAGAGCAACGUUUGGCAGAACUAUUUUAUUCCCAGGUUAAGUUCGACACUCACUUUAAAAUUGCCUUUAAGAGAUGGUUGAACAUGGUCUCCAUGUACUAAGCAUUGAACCCAAAGCUAAAUGCUUUCGACGUCUUUCGUAUUUAUGCCUUUGAGUUGCGUGAAAAAUUUUAUCGUGAAGAUUCUCCCAUGUAUUUUCUUUUAGUGUGGGUGAAUUUCAGCACUUUCUGUCCGAAAGCACUGGCUUUAUCUUCUACGGCACCGAAAGAUAUCUGGGUUGUCUGCCUCCUAAUAUGCUUGCACCCAUAAAUGUAACAGGUAAACUUUCUUUUGGUGCGAUGAUUUUAUGAAUCUUGACACUGUGAAGUUGUUUUCCUUCUGUGUACGUGUGUGUUGUUGGUUUUUUUUUGGCGUUUGCACAUCGGAGGUCCUUUAGGGGUGCCCCCUCCCCUCCAGUCCGUUUGGCUCACUGUGUGGUAUUUGUUUUAUAUCUUCUCGGUCAACGUGCGUUUGCUUUAUAUCUUAAACGGUCAACGUGCUUUUGCUUCAUAUCUUAUAAAGUCAACGUGCGUUUCCCUUCUAUGCGCCUACAUUAUGGAAUACUCUCCUCAAUUCUCUUAAAAUUGCUGUUUUGUUGUCGUCUUGCGAACCUACCUUAAAAAUAUUUUUAUUUCGGAAGUUUUUUCUUUGAACUAUGAGAAUUUUUUUAUAGAUUAGUUAUUUUGUAUUGAAGGCUUAUUUUAUAAGUGACAUGUAAGCGCAUUGAGACUUAAAAUCUGCACAUAAAAACAUUAUUAUUAUUAUUGUUGUUGUUGUUGUUGUUGUUGUUGUUGUAAUUAUUAUUAUUAUUAUUAUUAUUAUUAUUAUUAUUAUUAUUAUUAUGAUGAUGAUGACUAUUAUCGCCUUCAGUCAUCACAUCGAGAAUAAGACGACGGUGAUUCACUAAACGAAACUCCUGGAAAUUUUUUAUAUGCCACACGAUAUUGCCAAAUGUGAUUUGAAUGAUUUUUUUUUCCAGACUGUCUCUUGGUUCUUCUGCUGGACUUGGUUCAGACAAGCCAGAGUUUCCUCAGACAGGGAAAAGAUGAUGCCACUAAAGCGUAAGCAAUCAAAUUGCGGCUUUGAAGUUCUCUCUACAGCCUAUUUAUUUUCUUAAACUUGCUUCAGAGUGACACACUAUUUCACACUCCUCCGCAGCCCGUAUUUUUUCUCGUCAUGAACCACUUGCUCUGUCUCCAUUGUUUGGACUUGUGAGGCAUCAUACUCUCUCGUUACGCAUCACACUCUCUCGUCACGCAUUACGCUAUCCCCUCAAAGAGAGAGAGAGAGAGAGGGUGGUGCGUGACGACGCACGUAAUUUUUUUAAGGGUACUAGCUGGAAUCUAACAAAUCCCUUCUUUUUAUUCUGAUGGCAGUGUUGGUGAACUAUGGCUGGAGCGUCCACUGGAGACUGCUAUGUUGCUUUCUUUAGUAGGUGUGGCUGGAGUUGUGUCAAAUCAGUGGCACUGCCAGCUGUCUGACAAUAAACAAAAACUUGAUACCUACCUCAGUGGUAAGCAAUUUUCUCUUUCGUAGUUCGAUUUUUGUUUUGUUUUUUUAUCAGUGCUAUAUGUAUGAGACCUCUGGUUCUUGAGACAUUUUUUAUCUUGUAAAUAGAAGGGCCCCUUUUUAAGAAUUAGGGCUAGGAAGAUAAUUGCUAUAGAUACAAAAUAUCGAUCACUGAAGUAAUUCCCAACGUGUUCGGAUGAUCCAUUUUGUGGAGCCAUAUUGAAUUGAAUCCAUCUUCUAUUAGAUAGUUUCAAACUUUGAAUUGAAGACCACUUUGAAGCCUAAUCAGUUUCCGGGAAAAGCUGACUUGUCUGAGUUAACUUUCGCUCAUAACUGAUAACCGUCAAGAAAGCAUGAAUCUACCAAACCUUUAAGGGUCUUUAAAAUCUUACGGAUGAUUUUCAUAACAUUAUUUUUUACAACUUAAAUGUCCACCCAGCCUUUGUAAGGCACCUUGAUAACAAAGAUGUUUUACGACCAGAAAUGAAAUAUUCAUAAUGCUGUUUGUGUCUCAAUAGCUACUGCGAUUUCUUAACUACCUCAAAUUGCUUUUACUCUUGACCUUCUUUUUUGCUCAAGUUCUCACCAAAUCCAUCGGAAAUUUGGAAAUUAUCUUUUUCCUAGUUGUAACCUGAAGCUUAUUUAACCACGUUACUCUCAGGCAUGUUAGAAGCAAGUAAAACAGUUGGUCAAGCCGUGAGAGGCUUGGCACAGUUUCCCAAACAACCCGAUGUUGUACCGGAAACUGACGCUGCAUCUGAUAGAGGCUCAAAAUCUGGGCGUCAUGUCGACAUAGAAGGGACUGGUGACGAGCAAACAGCUGUGGAAGAGGAAGGGACUGGCGGAAAAGAGGAAAGAAAUAAACCUUUAUCAUUCUCAAGACACUGGUUUAACACAGUGUUGUAUGGUGCACCUACACUUCUACUGAAUCCGCCCAAAGGGUUGUAG